AAAAGGUUAGGGUUUCUAAAAUUGAAACAAACAAAAAAAAAAGCUUUUCCUUUGCAGGAUCAGCAGAGCGAGUCAGUGAAGUAAAUCCACAGACGCCGGGACAUGUGAGGUUUAGCUGUACAGCAAAGAGUCAACAUGUACUCUCAAUAGAUGGUCGUGCAAGAACUGGAAGUGUUGCAGAACAAAGUGCCUUUAUUAUAGACGGUGAGAAGGUAUCUAUAAUACUUCUAUAGCUUUUAUCUUCUAAAAGGUAUACAAGUCGCUUAACUGAGCGGUUAUUAUUAUAUCUCUGUUCGACUUGAGGAUAAAAAUACUUAAGUGUGAAACUGCCUAUUUGACGUUCACCUUGUGAGUGUGGCUGUGAUGGAUACAUCAAGUAAGUGUUGCUGUGACUGACUCCAUAUUGUGCGUGCCUCCACUUAACCACAUUUGAGUGUGACCUCUACUUUUUGCACUUGUGCUCGUACACAUCUUACAGAAACGGACACAGCCUGGUUGAAAGAUCUUCCUUGAAACUGUCUGGACCCAUCCAGAUCUAACUGCUGUUCCCAAAUAUUCCCUGGAUUUCACGGAUGUGUCUGCGUUGGUUCCACCACCAAAUAUUCUGUGUGCCUUUAUCUUGCAUGACAACGGUGUGACUGUCAGACAUUAGUCACUGUUUCCAGCUGUGCAAGGCUUCUUCUUGUAACUCGUGUCUUUGGAGACGUCUCAAGGCUGCCAUGGAGGCAAUUGCAAUUUAUAACUUCAAAACUACAGAGAGGGACGAACUACCAUUCAACAAAGGGGAUACUUUGAAGGUAAUGAUGUCAUGUUAAUAAAUAAUUAAUUAUUUUAUACACUGUUUAUUUCAAAGUUGUUUUCAACAAAAAUUUUACAAAAUGUUUAACAAAAAUGUUAAAAAUGAUAUCAUAAAGCAAUAUUUAUCAUCUGAUCUGUCAUAAUAAUCUCCUAUAUACACUAUCUAUACAAUAUUUACAGAAUCAUAUCUAUACCACAUCUAUACAAUCAUAUCUACGCAAUGAAAAUGUAAUUUCUAUUAGACACUGAUGAAGCAUUUGCCUACAGAGGCAUCAAACACCGUCUUUGUCUCAUUACUAUUUAUUAUAUUAUUAUAUUUUUGCUAUCACUGUGUGGUGGUCUGUACACACAGUACUUUACACUAUCAGCAUGUGCAAAUGUGUUCUGAUCCUGUUUGCAACAACACUCUUAGCACCAUAACCACUACAGUACACUAAAGUGGUUAUGGUGCCUUGCGUGUCCUUGUGCCCCCCUACUGUAAGUGGGUAAACCAUUUGAUAAUGGAACAACGGGUGCCACUCCAUGCUUUCUCUACUACUGACAGAGAGCAUGAUGCCAAUAAGCUAACCCUGCACUGCAGGUCUUAGCUCAGGAGAGCUAACGGAAACGUGUAAGUAGGAGCUCUUUGGCUACGGUGGUGGAGGUAGAGAGGGAUGCCCAGUGGACAAUUUUAAAAUAUAUUGCUUUUGAUUAAUAUAGGGUUAUUCUCGCAAGUGAUAAUUUAAAAGGGAAUUUCAAGUCUAAGGCCAUAGUAUGUAACUGGAAGCACAGUCGAAUUUGAAAUCGUUUUCUGGACCACUAUUUUAACCUUAAAUUUGAAAUUCACUUUUCUUUCAAUUUAAUUUCUCACUAUAGUGAAUAACCCUGUUAGUAUUAUUAAGAGACAUGUUAAAAGGUAAACUGAGAUUAAAGGACCACUCUAGGCACCCAGACCACUUCAGCUUAAUGAAGUGGUCUGGGUACCAGGUCCCUCUAGGAUUAACCCUUUUUUUUUUUAUAAACAUAGCAGUUUCAGAGAAACUGCUAUGUUUAUAAAUAGGUUAAUCCAGCCUCUAGAGCCUCUAGUGGCUGUCUCAUUGACAGCCGCUAGAGGCGUUUGCGUGCUUCUCACUGUGAAAAUCACAGCGAAAAGACGCCAGCGUCCAUAGGAAAGCAUUAUGGAUGCUUUCCUAUGAGACUGGCUGAAUGCGCGCGCAGCUCCUUUCCGCGCAUUCAGCUGAAGAGGAGGAUCGGAGGCGGAGAGGAGGAGGAGAGCUCCCCGCCCGGCGCUGGAAAAAAGGUAAGUUUAACCCCUUUCCUCUCCCCAGAGCCCGGCGGGAGGGGGACACUGAGGGUGGGGGCACCCUCAGGGCACUAUGGUGCCAGGAAAACGAGUAUGUUUUCAUGGCACUAUAGUGGUCCUUUAAGACAGAUUUUCAGAGAUGUUUUUAGUCAUUGAACCUAUGCCAGUUGUUUUCUACAAACCACACUUUUCAUAUUGAAUUUGAUUGAUGUUUUAUCUCUUUGUGGUAUUUAAUCUAUGAAAUGAUUAGAUUGUCUAUAUUGCUGAUAAACAUGUAGAGCAGGAUGAAUGUAGAUCAACAAUGGAUGCCUUCACAUUGCUUGGGUUAUGGACUCUAUCAUGAUGUACAGUCAACCUUUUGACCCCUGUUCUAGACCAAUACUGAUCAUUUUCCUCUCGGCCCACACCUCACAUGCCUCCCCCCCGUCAGUCCCUCCAUUGGCUUCCAGUUAGAUAUAGGGCUCAAUUUAAGAUUCUGGUUCUUGCUUACAAGUCCCUACAAAAUGCUGCUCCAACCUAACUAUCCUCCCUAAUACACAAGUAUAUCCCGUUGAGGACCCUGCGCUCUGCCGAAGGCCUACGUUUAUCCUCUGUCCUAACACCCACACCUGAUGCUCAUCUCCAAAACUUCUCCAGUGCUGCACCUUUUCUGUGGAACUCCCUUCCCUUCUUUGUUAGACUUUCACCCAGUCUCCACUACUUCAAAAAAUAUUUGAAAACACACUUCUUCAGGAAAGCAUAUCAUUUAAACUGUUAGCAGAUUUUCAUUCCCCCCACCCCAUGACUCCUCUCCUGCAACUGUCAAAAUAACCUAAUACUUUUCUAGCAACCUAUUUCAUUACCCGUACUUAUACCUUUUGUGUCACUCAUUGAGCAGGGCCCUCAACCCCUUGGUUCCUGUGCGUCCAUUUGUCUGGUUACAACUAUUAUUAUUAUUGCCAUUUAUAUAGCGCCAACAGAUUCCGUAGCGCUUUACAAUAUUUUGAGGGGGGGAUGUAACAAUAAAUAGGACAAUUACAAGAAAACUUACAGGAACAAAAGGUUGAAGAGGACCCUGCUCAAAUGAGCUUACAGACUAUAGGAGGUGGGGUAUUAGAAACAUUAGGACAAGAAAUAUCAAUUAUGUGUCUGUUAGUCCACCCAUUGUACAGCGCUACGGAAUUUGCUGGCGCUAUAUAAAUAAUAAAAUAACAAUAAUAAUCAACAGAGGCUUUCCAGUUCUUGUAGGACAGCUGGCUGAACAUCAUGUCAGUUGUGGGUAAAGAUCUGGACCUUUCCUGGUCUAGAAUCCACACUUAUAUCCAUGUUUUAUGGUUGCAUUUAUAACUAUCCUCCUCCUACAGGAAUCAGGUAGCUGCCGUACAACAAACCAUUUUUUCAAAGAUAACCAACUGACAGGCAGGAUUUUGGAAGGACCUCUCAGUAGUUCAUUGAUAGGAAUACGAUAAGCUACUGAAGCAGAGUUCAGUUAAAAUUAACUUCAUGUGAAUUUCAGUUCUCAGAACACAGUCCUAUUUCACAUCUACUCAGCUCUUACAGAAUCUGAAGGGACACAAGUUAGGUGGUUUCUGAAUUUAGUGGUGGAAUACUGCGAUUUCUAACCCAUUAGUUCCCAACCCAGGUCUCAAGGUGCACAAGUGAUCAGUAUCCCCUUUGGAAUGGAAAUGGAAAAUGACUAAAUCAAAAACUGUUGGUGAACCAUGAGGCCUGGGUUGGGAACCAGUGAAUUUACCCAUCGUUUAGCAGUCUGUGCCUUCCAUACUUUCUGGGGCAAUGCAAGAUAAUCUUUAUGGGUAAUUAGGGCUGUGCCCUAAGUUUUUGUGGCAAACCUAUUGGUGUUAUAAGGACAAAUGAUAAGGAUAAGCGUGUGUUAAAUACAUAUAUGUUGCAUAUUUCAUGAUUCCCUCACUACUUAUUGAUGGCUUGAGAAGCUGUUGAAUAGGUAAUCAUGUUAAAUUUAGGAGUAUUUUUGAAAACCAAAUGCCCCAUUCUCUUGGUAUAGACUCUUUAGACAUGCCUAGUCCGGUCUGCUUUAUCAGGAUUUCUAACUUUGACCUUUGCAAUGGCCAAUAGAUUCUUAGCACCCUAAAAGAUAGGCAGGGCGAAGAGGGGUGUGGAUUGCCCAGGUGCUUUGUAGAGGGUCAGGGCGCCAACAAGUGAAGGGGCAGAAUCAAAUUCCAGGGGUAGAGUCUCGUGCUUUACCAUCAUUGAACUUUACCAGCAGCCACUAUUAUUCUAAUUCGGACUAGGCCAGGAGCUACUUAAUUACAUUUUAAUUUCUGUUAAAUAAGAAAUUCCAAUAUCAGAUGGGUCAUUUAUUUAACUUUAAAUUGUUAACAGACCAGAGAAUGACACAUUUUUGAUCAUAAAACGCCAGGUAAAAAUAUAAGCUAAAUCAUCUCCAAAUUGUAUUAAUAAUAAAGAAAUGACUUAGGAAACUGCACGACCUAAUUUUUUGUCAAACUGCUCAAAAUGGUUAGACAAGAAUGAGAGGGUCUUCAUCCAAAGAGCCCUUGCAUCAGGUCCCUGUACACAAAAACGUAUUCACUAUUACUAUUUCACUGAUACUAUAUCUCAUGUAAGGAUAUCAUAUUAUGGAUUUAUUUACUUAAGAGCUGAGAGGUCACUAUUAAGGAAAAAAACACCUUUUUAUUCAUUUUAAUCUUUCAGCUGUGUUCAGUAGAUAACUCCCUAACUUGGUACAAUUGUAUGGGAAUAGCAAAUUAGGAAGCUAUCUGCUAAAUAGCACCCUAAUUUGUUAUCCUUUGUUUAUCGCCUGAAUUUUGUUUCCCUCCUGAAAUUUUUCCGAAUUUUAUUUCAUUUUGAAUUAAUAAUUUCAGAAUUUUAGACAAAAUGAACAAACUUUUCGCAUGAGCACAUCUCUACUAACCCUUAUUUCCCCAACACAUAGUUGAACAUAAACUCUCACCUCCCUUAAUCUAAGCAAAUAUGUAACACCCAUAAAUCCUAGCCUAAUCUUAUAAUGUAACUCCCUUAGCACCUAGCUUAAACCUCCUUUCCAAGCCUAACUCUCACAGCACUAGCCUAUCCUUAAACUAAAACUAUAAUUCUGAAUUUCAGCUCAUAGCUGCACUAAACCUAACAGGGGCAAUACAAAUAUCACUUGAUAUUUGGUUCUUAUAUCAGCUAUUAUUCUUAAUACCCUGUCACAAUGCAUGGCGUUCAGAUGACAAUAUUUUAAAAGGCUGUCUAAAACCGUGCAAAAUCUAAAAAUAACACUAAAAAUAUUAUAAAUAUAACUAUUUCACACUUUUGUAUUGUUUUUUUUACACUUCUGCAUAGCAUUAUAGUGACUUUUUAGCUCUUUGGACAUUCUUCUGAAAGCAUUUUUCAAGUCCUCAUCACAUGAGUCCUUAUCACCAUGUCCUGUGACACACUUGGUAUACAUCGACGUUAUAACUAUUGAGUGAGCGUGUUCCCUUACCUGGAGUCAUUGGAUAAUUAAUCACGGGAGCACAGGGGUACAUCUGUGUACCCUAAUCCUUGAUUGUACAAAUUGCAUCCAUAAAGAGUGUUCCUGGAUCAAGGUAUCAUAAAAAAGAACACCCCUUUGUAAAGUUUUGGAACCCAUAGAUAACAUUUUUUUGCAUAUAGCGUUUGGCAAACAAAACAUAAACAGCGUUUGUAAUAUCAAUUAAGUUAUUUUAUUUUCUUUUUUUAUUAAUUUUGAUCUUUCAGCUGUGUUUAGUAAAUUGCUCCUUAAUUUUGUACCCUUUUGUGGGAUUACAAUUUUUAGAGUUACCAAAUUAGGAAGAAUUCAGCAAAAUAGCGCCCUAGUUUAUUAUGCUUUGGAAUAAUGACACCCGGAUUUUGUUUUUCUCCCGAUGUUUUUCCGAGUUUCGUUUAAUUCCCAAUUAAUAAUUUCUGAAGUUUAAACAAACUGAAUAAACCUUUCGCCCAUGCGCAUCUCUACUAACCCUUAUUUCCUCAACACCUAAUUUAACUUUAACUCUCAUCACCCCUAGUCUAAACCAGAUGUUUAACACCAUUUAGACAGGACUUUGAAGCACCAGAUGUGGUGCUCUUUAAAACCGGUUCUCCGCAGGUAUUGGUGGAUCACUGAGUGCGUCCAUGGAACAUAGUUUAUAGGCAGAGGAGCAGAGAGAUAACAGAUGAUCUGAAUAUGUCUGGAAUUUUGGGAAUAAGAAGGGGCCUUAGAAUAGCGUGUCGAUCUGCAAGCAACUCCCUUGUGUAAUAUUAACUGAAAUGAAACACUAUUGCACAGCAAUGCUAUAUAAAUGAUGGUAAUGAUGAAACUGAAUAUAGUAAAACAGAAAGUAUCCGAUUGUUAGAUAUACAAUUACACACCUGAGGACAUUUAUUCUGCUGCUCAGAAUACCUUCUCCACAACUCCUCUCCGAUGUCAGGUCACCCAUAUUGUGAAUUAUAUCUUUUUCAGAUUCUUAACAUGGAAGAUGAUCAAAACUGGUUUAAGGCAGAAAAAUUUGGAGUAGAAGGUUUCAUUCCAAAGAACUACAUCAAAGUAAAGCCCCAUCCGUAAGUACACACCACCUCAUACCAUCUAUUCUGAACAGAAUAUUCAGUUGUCAGAUCUCAUCAUGCCACUGUUUAGUGACUAACCUUACAGUCUUUGGAUUUUGGCUUCAGUACGUGGAGUGCAUCAGGAUUCCCUUACCAUCUGAGAACGUUCCUAACCACAGUGGAAAUCACAUUAGAGUAAUGGCAUUAGUUAGAGUGCAGUGGAAAUGUCUUUAAUAUAUGCCGGAUCACUGAGUGAGUCCAUGGAACAUAGUUCAUAGGCAGAGGGGCAGAUAGAUAACAUGAUCUGGAUAUGUCUGGAAUUUGGGGAAUAAAAAAUCCUUUAGAAUAAGGAUUAGAGUGCAGUGGGAAAGCCUUUAGAAUAAGGAUUAGAGUGUGGUGGUAAUGUCUUUAGAAUAAACAUUAGAGUGCAGUGGGAAUGUCUUUAGAAUAAGGAUUAGAGUGCAGUGGGAAUGUCUUUAGAAUAAGGAUUAGAGUGCGGUGGGAAUGCCUUUAGAAUAAGGAUUAGAGUGCAGUAGGAAUGCCUUUAGAAUUAUGGUUAGAGCGCAGUGGGAAUGUCUGUAGUAUUAUGGUUAGAGCGCAGUGGGAAUCUCUUUAGUAUUAUGGUUAGAAUUAGAGUGUUGUGGGAAUGCCUUGGUAUUAUGGUUAGAAUUAAAGUGUAGUGGGAAUGUCUUGGUAUUAUGGGUAGAAUUAGACAGUGGUCAGUGCAGUAAAAUACAGAAUUAUUAGAUACAGUAAAAACUUUAGACAUAAGAAAGGUGCCACAGGUCGCCAUUGAAACACUCUGACAAUAAGCCAUAGCAUUGUGGACUUUUCAUUGUGGUAUUGUUUGGCCCCUUUAAAAAAAAAAAAAAAAAAAAAUUUAAUAUGUGAAUGGUUGGCCAAGAGACAUAGGACAGUGGUUAUUUAAGGAUGGGGACAAUAGCUACGUCUUUCGGGUUCCGGUUUAUUUCACGUCUUUUCGACAUCUUGCCCACGCUUAGUAUAAUCGGAGUUGAACCUGCUGUCUUGUGUUAGUCUACGCCUGCUGAUUGUGAGAGCUGCUAGGGAGUUUUGGGGCUUUUAUCCUGUUUCUGAAAGUUGUUCACUGGAGCAGAACACACCGUUUUUUGCAGAGUACUUCCCUGAAAUCACGGAAACAGAUGGAGGAAGCGCAGGUCAGAAGUAGGAUUGAUCUGCCUACAGUGAAGAAGUGAUGAAAAACCAUGAUUGAAAUAUAACUCGUUAAAAAAAAAAAAAUCAGAUCUCAGUAAUGCUAUUUAUAAACUGCAGAGCACGUUGCAUGUGCCCCCUCUUACUCUGCAAAACUAAAGUAGAGUCAGCCAUUGCAGAACAAACUACCCCAUGCGUUAGCGCACACACAUUAUAUAUAUAUAUAUAUAUAUAUAUAGCAAAACACACACACCCAAUCACACACAAACACUCACAUACCCAAUCACACACAAACACUCACAUACCCAGCCACAUGAACACAGAUUGCCUAUGCUAUCACUAACAUGCAAAACACACACACACCCAAUCACACAAACACUCACAUACCCAGCCACAUGAACACAGAUUGCCUAUGCGAUCACAUACAUGCGCAGUCACACACAUUUUCCUAUAAAUUACAUACAUAUCUGCUAGAGACAUAUUUGACUUCUAAGGCUAUAACGUGCUGGAGGGUUGGGCAAGAUGUAAUUCCAAUUGGGAGGGUUAUGUAAAAGGGUUUUUCAGGGGGUCACGUAUAUCUGGACUAGUCUACGGGGAAAAAAAGCUAAAUACCUCACAGUUUGCAUGUACUAAUAAAUAUUUAGAAAAUCCAGAUGGAUGUACUUUGCUGAGGUAUUGCGAAAUUGUUAUUACAUUGGUUAACAUUCUCCAAUGCCUGUGAUGGAGUGCAGACUGUUAUGUAACACUACCAGGAACCUUAAAUUACAAGGUGAUGGUUUGAAUGAUGUUAUUCAAAUAGGGAAGCUUCUGAUUAGUAAACUUUAAUUUUAAAUCUGCCCUCAAACGCACGCAGCUCUGCUGGAUGCUAAAAUCCCAAUCUCACUGAUCAUACAUCUUAAAUAGGAGGUGUACUUACACAACAGGUGGACUUACAUAAAUAUAAAUAAAAAAAGUGAAAAUCACCUAAAACGUGUGUUAACUUUUUUUUCUCAUGUGAUGCUCCAUUUUCUUUUCAAAUGUAUAUUAAAGAUUUAGAAAUCUAGUUAAGGCAAGGCACAGCCUAGGCACGCAAUGCAAAUGAGGAAAGAUGCAUUGUCUCAGUUUUCCUUCUUCCACAAACUAUGUUAAGUGGCGGAAAUGUUUUGUUGGUUCUGUUAACAUGAUAUGGUCCAUAUCAUUACACAGGUGGUAUGAAGGCAGAAUCUCCAGACAAGUUGCUGAAGAAAAGUUGCUGAAACGGAAGUUCCUUGGAGCCUUCUUAAUCCGAGAAAGUGAGAGUUCACCAGGAGAAUUCUCCAUUUCAGUCAAGUAAGCCAAAUAUGGAUUAUUCACUAAAGUCUAAACUAAAAUCCAAAUGGCAUAAUUUAGGCUGAAAAAAAGCCAAGUUGUGACUUAAUUGUCUUCGGAGAAUGUUUCCAGAUCAGCUACUUUUGCUUAUAUUUUGUCAUCUAGAUUUGAAUUUGCUAAUACUGUUAAAUUCUUUAUUAUGACAUUCUAUUAUAUGUUCACUAUUGUUUCAUUUAUUUUGUUCUUCCCACUACAAAUGCUCCUGAGCUCUUUAAUUUAAUGGGAAAAAAAAGUUUAUUCAUUCUUUAUUUAAUUUUUUUACACUAAUUGUAGGGCUUUCUAGAUACUAAUGCAUUUUUUUUUACUUUACAAACUACAUUUAUUACUAAAAACAAACAAACAAAAAAAACAUACAGACUUUGUCUGCUAUCUAACUAUUUUCCUAUCUCAGCUUGUGAGAUAAACACAACAAGGCUUUAUCUUACUGCAUUGUUGGAUUUGUGUGUUUUUGUUCAUUUGACUAUUAAAGGACAAUAAGGUCAAGGAUGCAACAAACCAUCCAUAAAGCAUUCAGCACAUGUAGUUUGGAAGUAGGAAAUUGCACUAACAUAGCACUUGGCAAGAGAUGUUUCCAGGUCAACAUGAAAACAACAAAGAGCCAAACACACUUUUCUACAACACUAAACGGCAACACUCAGUGCUUCUUUAAAGGACCACUAUAGUGCCAGGAAAACAUACUCGUUUUCCUGGCACUAUAGUGCCCUAAGGGUGCCCCCAACCUCAGCGACCCCCUCCCGCCGGGCUCUGGGUAGAGGAAGGGGUUAAACACGUACCUUUCUCCAGCGCCGGAUGGGGAGCUGUCCUCCUCCUCUCCUUCUUCCUAGCGAAGUCAUCGGCUGAAUGUGCAUGCUUCACAGUGAGAAGCACGCAAGCGUCUCUAGUGGCUGUCAAUGAGACAGCUACUAGAGGCUUUAGAGGCUGGAUUAACCCUAUUAUAAACAUAGCAGUUUCUCUGAAACCUAGUUUAUAAAAAAAAAGGGUUAACCCUAGCUGCACCAGGCACCCAGACCACUUCAUUAAGCUGAAGUGGUCUGGGUGCCUAUAGUGGGGCUUUAACCUCAGUGGUUUUAUAUCAUAAGUGUUUCUUCAAAUCAUGCUAGUAUUUUAUAUCCUAAAAAAAUUACCUGCACUCUCCUUAAUCCCUAUGUAUAUUUAGACAAAUGGAGGUCAUUUAGUUACUCCAAUGGCGACUGGAGGGAAUGCCCACCUGCCAACGUCAAGGCAGACCCCCCUAGACUGGCCCUACUCUGACCCUUCAGCCUGCUUCCUUGAGCUUCUGGCAAAAAUAUCUCUAAUGAGACAGAAAGGGGUAUUUUUUAUAUACACCCCUAUAUACUUUUGAACCCUUAAUAUAUAAAAAAAAUACUCCUUUCUGUCUGAUUAGAGAUAUUUUUGCCAGAAGCUGAAGGAAGCAAGGUAAAGGUUCUGAGAAGGACCCGUCUAGGGGGGUCUGCCUUGACGUUGGCAGGCGAGCAUUCCCUCCAGUGGCUAUUGGAGUAACUAAAUGACCUCCAUUUGUUUAAAUAUACAUGGGGAUUAAGGAGAGAGCGCAGGUAAUUUUUUCGUUUGGUUUUUACUGUAUGUAUUAGCUGAUGUGUACUGUAGUCAUUGCUGCCGCCCAGGAGUGAUGGGAGUGAGCGCAGGACUUUUCUUUUUGUAUUUGUAUGCCUGGGGUUCACCAUCUAUCUAGGAUCCAUAGAUUAUCCUUUUCUGGUACAGCUUGAACCAUCAAUGGUGCUUGAUUGGUUUCAAAAUUGGUGACACCAUGGUUUUUCCCAGUGGCUGAGCUUAAUUGGUAUUUCAGAGAUUCUGUGCAAAGGGCAAUUGCAAAAUAUGAAUUUAACGAUAUGGAUGUAGCUGAUAUACAUCUAUAUAAGAACACACUUGCAUAUGUGAGACUUCCUGAACUCCCCCAAGAGACCUUAAUCUUUAUAUCUAAAAUAGUCAAGCUGCUGGCUUUUUUAUCUCUUUGAGAAAACCAAAAUUGACACUCUUUCCUGUAAACUUGGUAUGGUUGUGUAGCUAAUGCACGUUUCCAAAUUAAAAUAUGUGCAUGUUGUGAUGUUUUUGUAACCAUAAACACUUUCACAUUUCAGCAAUGGAAACUUGAUUUCCCCACCUGGGUUUAGCUAAUGGUAACAGAUACGCUUGUGGUGAUUUAUUAAACAUUUAACCUUCGUGGAUAUUUUCCUCUAAGCGUUAUAGUGUGAAGUUCCCUGAUUGUCUGUCUGUAGGUUUAGCAAAAUAAUUUUGGAACUCUAUGCAAAAUGUAACUUCUCGGGUGAAUGGGAUUGUUUUGAAGACUAUUUCCCGAUCCACCAUGUCUACCUGAGUACAUAUCAGCUCUAUAUGUUGCUGAACAGCACAUGAAAAGUGCUGCCCUUACACACCACCCAACAUUUCCAAUGGAGCAACAUGGACACUUUAAUUUUAGAGGUGUGAGUCGGGGUGUUGCUGUUUUGAACAAAUUUAGGAGACUUACUCACAGCAAUUUAUACAAUUAAAUGUAAUUUAGAAGAAGAACAAUGUAUUUUAUUCGCACAGACUGAUUUCUAAACACAUUUAUUGUAGUUUAAAGACACAUUACUGGGAGUAUUAUUGCUGUGGAGCUCUGUUAUGCACUCAGACACACCAGGUAUAUGGAACUCCUAGAAAAUAGUGACAGGUUAUCAUAUACUAAUAUAAGUCCUUUAGAGACCAUAUGACAACAAAUUGUAAUAUCUAGUCCUUGAGAGGUUAAACCUUAACUCCAAUAACUUUCUGCCAACUGCUUGUAGAUUCUCCGUAGUUGGAAUUUAAAAAUCAGUUUGAAUAUCCCAGAUUAAAUUAUCUGUUGUCCAGUUCCUAUUUAUUAUGAACAUGAUUCACCCACUAGAGGUCAGUGGAGAUACGCAACAAAUUCUCAGAGGGAAAAAAAUCCUUGGAAUUAGCCAGGGAUUAUCAGACAUGUUGAUUCCGCAGGGAUUUUAUAGUCCUUGAUAACUUGUUGUCCUUUCCCCUCGGAAACGAUCUUUGCUCGGCUUAAUCUACUGGGAAGGAAAUAUCACUCAUCAGGAAGCAGUCAAACAAAAUAUAAAAGAAAAUCAGUAUAGAAAAGAACACGAACGAAGAGCAUGGUAUAGACUAAACUACCACAUUUGUGAAAAUGACCAGGCGAAUAGCAAUAUUACCCCAAAAUAGCCAAGCCUGGAAAAUAGCGGAGUUGCAUAUUUAUUUCCCAUUAGAGCUAGUUUGAUCUAAAAUUUGCACUACACUGAUUAAUUCCUGACAAUACCUAGUCUAGUGAAUAAUUCUGGUAGUAUCAAACGUUUGAUAUAAUAUGAGGUAAACAGCAAAACUUGUAUUUCUUUGCUAUGCUUCUGUAUAGAAUACAUUUUCCUUCACUUCAUAAGAGAAAUAAUGUUUAGUUUUGUCUUUUGUUUAACAAAACAGCUUUUCUGUUCUUAAAGUAGCUGCAAAAUUGUUAUUCAAUAAGCACACAUCCCAAGUCUCCAGGAGGUUCCGAGAGACUCCCGCGUUGUAAAUGUGGCUCAUGGACACCUGCAAAUCAUAUGGAAUAUCCCAGAAAUUGCACACAAAUUAUGUACGUCAGAUUGUGUGCGUGUGUGUGAUUUCAUGGGUUUUGUAUAUAAUUUUCAGCCCCCCCAUUGGGUAUUAUUCCUGAACAGGGGCCCAAUCAGGUGGUGUGACCCUUGAAAAGUGUGACCAGGUCGGCUGGGAGGAAGGGACAGCCUGUCACUUCCUUUCCAGCUUCGCUGCGCGGGAGGAGUGGAGGCAGGAGGCGGCAGCAUGGAGGCAGAGGAGAGGCUGGAGUGAGCUGUUGCAUUCUCACUCCCAUCAGCCCGAGUCAGUACCAGGAUCCCAAGCAAGCCACCCUCCAGGACACAAAUGAUAAGCUAACAGGAGGGUGGCUGCAAAUAUAGAAAAUAUAAAAUGUCUAUGUAUGUUAGAUUGUGUGUGUGUGUGUGUAUCUGUGUGUCAGUGUGUAUAUCAGUGUGUGUCUGUGUUCAGGUGGAUGCAUGUGUUAAUAGUUUGUGUAACUUGUAAUAUGUUAAAUAAAUAGCUGUGUUCUAUCAUAAUAAACUGUCAUGUCCUUGUUCAUACAUGUUUGGUGGCUAUGUGUUUGUGAGAGGGAGUGAGGGGGGCGCAAUUGUGGGGGGCGCAGUUGCAUGUUGGAUGUCUGAAUAAUUCACUUUGGAAUUAAUAUUAAUAAGAUGAGAAUUGCAUCACAGUUUGCAAGCCCUAAGUGAUAGUCUGUGAUAUAAAAAAAACCCUGAAAUUAGGAUUUGUUUAAUUAAGUUGAUGUUUCCCCAGAAUUCCAUUGUUUGGAGGCAAACAAUUGUUGUUUGAAUGCAUACAAUGAUGCUAGAGGCCCACUCUAACAACACAGGAAGCAUGCGUUAAACUCUUUUCUUAAAGGACCACUCUAGGCACCCAGACCACUUCAGCUUAAUGAAGUGGUCUGGGUGCCAGGUUUAGCUAGGGUUAACCCAUUUUUUUUAUAAACAUAGCAGUUUCAGAGAAACUGCUAUGUUUAUAAAUCAGUUAAUCCAGCUUCCAACUCCACUAGCGGCUGUCUCAUUGACAGCCGCUAGAGGCGCUUGCGUGCUUCUCACUGUGAAAAUCACAGUGAGAAGACGCAAGCGUCCAUAGGAAAGCAUUGUAAAUGCUUUCCUAUGAGACCGGCUGAAUGCGCGCGCAGCUCUUGCCGUGCGUGCGCAUUCAGCCGAAGGGGAGGAGAGGAGGCGGAGAGGAGGAGGAGAGCUCCCCGCCCGGCGCUGGAAAAAAGGUAAGUUUAACCCCUUUCCUUUCCCCAGAGCCUGGCGGGAGAGGGACCCCGAGGGUGGGGGCACCCUCAGGGCACUAUAGUGCCAGGAAAACGUGUAUGUUUUCCUGGCACUAUAGUGGUCCUUUAAAGUUUUACUUGGGAAACAAUCAAACUGCUGAAUACAUUUUAAAAUGAUCAACACAAGGCAAAGGCAGUGUUUCAAGUGCAAUUUGGUAUUGAAUACUGAGUCAAUCACCAGAGGAAAAACAAGGAUGCAGUCACUAUGGUAACCAAAGAAACCUCCUUCUGCAUUGCUACAUAUGUACAAUUUUGUCCCAAUACAUUCCAUUGGUUCUUUAUGUUUAUCCCCACUGCAGCAAUCUACAGGAGCCAGCAAGAGCUGAAUCCGCUAGUUUCCUUCCCCAAAAUAUCAUUAUUAAAUACAAUGAAAUUAUAAAAAUAAACAAACAUGGCAGCCAGUCAGAAGAUCCUUGUGUAUCCUACAUUUUAGGCCGAACUAUCAAACUUAGAAAUACUAUCUAAAACAGCUAUAUUUUCAGUUUGGCUAUUUUUGGUCUAAAAUGUGAAGCUCCGUUUGAAUUCACAGCAAGUCACGCCUUAGUGAGUAACCCUACGUGACUCCAUUGCUAUUAAACCAACCAGUCUAUUUCCCGCCCUUUGCUCCAUUUGCUCUCAUUCACCCUGUCAAGUGUUGAUAGACAGAACAUAAAUUGUCAGUUCAGACAGCGGAGUCCUGAGUGUUUGCGGAACAUGUGAAAAUUCAUUUUAUCAAGGUGUCAUGUUCCAUUAACCCAAAUGUGGUAAACAUUCAAGACCGCAGUCUCCAACCCUUAUCUGCAAGUAGGUCAGCGUUGGCAAAGCUUUAAACAGGCAAAUUCGUCCCUGGUUGACAUCACAAAGUGCCACUAACUGACCCCCUAGAAUUAAGUGGGAAUUGCCAAUGUAAUCAUUACUAAUCAAUGGACAUAAAAUAAAGAGUGUUUGUUCAUUACAUUUGGUGUUUUAACAUUUAAUCUGGGAUAUAUAAAUAUGAGGCUCGGUGCUGGUUCUUGUUAUUUUUCUUUAAGUCCUUUGCACUUUGAAACAAACUCGGCUUGUUUAUUUAGUAAUCAGAUUUUAGAUUGUAAGCCUAUGAGCAAUGCUCUCAAAAUGUAAUGCAUAUGUCUUUAAAGGACCACUAUAGGCACCCAGACCACUUCAGCUUAAUGAAGUGGUCUGGGUGCCAGGUCCAUCUAGGGUUAAUCAGAGAAACUGCUAUGUUUACAUUAGGGUUAAUCCAGCCUCUAGUGGCUGUCUCAUUGACAGCCGCUAGGGGCACUUCCGCGCUUCUCACUGUGAUUUUCACAGUGAGAAGACGCUUGCAUCCAUAGGAAAGCAUUGUGAAUGCUCUUGCCACGCAUGCGCAUUCAGCCGAUGACAUCGGAAGGAGGAAGAGAGUCCCCAGCGCCUAGGGAGGCCGGCGCUGGAGAAAGGUAAGCAUUUAACCCCUUCCUCGCCUUUCAGCCCGGCGGGAGUGGGACCCUGAGGGUGGGGGGGAGGGGGACCUAUUAAAGUUUGUUUUCCUGGCACUAUAGUGGUCCUUUAAGGCUGUCAGAUAAAAUAUUGUAAUAUUGCAGACAUAAAAUGGCAGUCCAAGCAUCACAAACACUAAAGAACAUAUUGGCGGUUAUCACAGUGAUUAUGGUGCUGGGAGGGUAUGGAUGCAGACGUUUUUUCGUCAAACCUUUUUCAAGAGGUGUGGCGAAAAAAACAAACCUGUGAAUACCCAACAUCCAAAGUCUGGCACCUGUCAUUGGGCAAACUGCCACUAAAUAUAUACCAACUACGGAGACCGUGUCAACUUGUUGGCACCAAAAUAAUUAAUUUGAGCUGUCAGACUCUCAGGAUAAAUUUGACAGUGUGUCCAUUAAAAUUGUUUUGAGGUGUGCUGACUAUUGGUGCUUUUGAGGCAUUUUGCCCUCCUGUUGAAGGAGCAAGCAUUGGGUGUAUUAGAAGCAUGCUAAGUUGGUCCUUCAUGAGUGAAUAUGGGAGACGCUCACAUACAAGGAUACCCGACAAGCAUGAUGCAUUUUGUACCCUUAUAAUACUAUUAGUUAUUAAAGGAUUUCAUUAAUAUCUUCAACACUAGCAUAGCUUACAGAGCAGGCUUUGAUUUGAAAGCAGUCAUUAUUUUAAUAUUACUGAAGAAGGUACUUCCAAGAUUGCAUUUCCAUAGUUCAGGGAUAUUCCGACACUUGAGAAUUUACACGUAGGUUCUCAAAAUUAGUCUUGUGUGUCGCCGAACCUUUAAUGGUUUACAGUCCCCUGCAUUGUGCUAUUUGCAUAGCGGGUAGAUUUUAUUGUCAGGUGGAUUUUCGGGUCUCGUGUCAUCUGUCUCAGUUUAUAGUAAAAUGUUUAAAAUCAUAGGUGGCAGACAGAUGAUGGGAAAUGGGCAGAAUGAUGUUUUAGAACUGAAAGGGGAAGAGAGAGUAACGGGGUAGAGCAUCAGUGGAAAAUAUAAGCAUUGGGGGAAAGCCGUAUGUGCAUGCUUCCUUGGUUCCUCAGUGUUAUUAUUAUUAUUAUUAUUAUUGCCAUUUAUAUAGCGCCAGCAGAUUCCGUAGCGCUUUACAAUAUUAUGAGAGGGGGAUUUAACUAUAAAUAGGACAAUUACAAACGUAAUGGAAAAUGGUUCUACACCCAGAGCCUCCUUGACCAUAACAACUACAGAAAUUGGCUUUGUUUAGGGUGCUUUAAUUGUCCCUUCAGAGGGGACCUGUCACAUUUAUACUAUUGAAUAAAACAUUGAAAAUAAUCUAUACCUUAUGUUUCUUUUUAUGGGAAUCAUAAAAAGCAGAAAACAUCAUUUGUAAUCCGGUUCAGACAAGACAAAGCUAGGGGCAAACAUUGUAAACGAAGACGAACAAUAGAAACCGUGUUUCAUGUCUCCUCUGCUCUCUAUGUUUUCUCUGUCCUGACUGACAGGUGUAAAGACAGAGAGCUAAGAUAGAGGAUUAACAUAAUAUUAAACAUCCUGAGAAGUUACAGUUUCUGUAUAGAUUGCACUGUUCCUGUAUGCCAUGUGUGUUAUGUGUCACGUAUUCAUCCGCUUACAAAAAUGUGGUUAAUGGCAUUUACUGUCCACACAGGAAAAGUUGUGCCGAGCAACAACCAACUCCACAGAAGAGUUAAUGCUGAGCAGCAAUUAUGCAAAUGGGAUCCUGGUAACUGCCUUUGGGGUCAAAGGCUGGUUACAGCCUAUCAGAUCUAGAGAAGGGGUAUUUAGGCCCAGUUCUCAUCCUGCUCAGUGCCCUGUCGUGGUUUCCCUUGUGGUUGUCCGAGAGCGCGUUAUUGAUUCUGGUUAUUCUGGUUAUUUGACUUUGGCAUUGUUUUUGACUUCCCUGUUUUCUGGCAUCCCUGACUCCUGGCUUUUCCUUAUCGUUGUGUCUCUUUCUGUUUCUCUUGACCUCGGCUAUUCCUGACUAUUCUUUGGUACGUUAGUCCGGCCAUUCUAAGGUCCGGCAUACGUUACCGAUCAGUCCUCUGUGUUACACAGUUCUACGUGCUGGAUCAUUCUGUAAUCCUGACAUUGUUAGAAUUAAAUGUUUGACUUGUUUAUCUAUUACACUGCGUGGUGAAACAGGCAGGUGCUAUAUAAACAAUGUUAAUUGUAAUUCAAGCUUCCAAGCAUCAUAACCACUAGACCCAUCGGGCACCGAUACCCAAUGGGGCAAACUGUUUUCCAACCUACCAUGAAAACCUUCCACUUUCAGAGCCUCCUUUAAAACCAGUUGACGCACUGCCAGCUCCUGCGUUCAGAAGCCAGGUGCUGAUCCUGCUAGUCAUUAAUUGGCUAAGAGUGUCAGCCCACCACUCUCAGCCAAUAUAUGACCCUCCAUUAGCCGGUCAAAACUCUCGUUGGAGGCUGGCGGAUGUCACUGUAGGAGGAGUUACACCUCUGGCAGCGAUAUAAAAUAUCUCUGUACGUACAGCAUUUUAAACUGAAGCACUGCACAUACAGACUCCAAGCACCAUCACCACCUCAAACCACCAAAGUGGCCAUGGAGCUCGGAGUGAACUUUAAAUGUAUCUAGCACAGUGGAAUUCAGAAAAUGACUGCGUAAUUCUUGUGAAUUAAAAUGUUGUCCACAGUUCCCCUUCCAAUGGGGAAAUGGUGUUAUAACAAAUAAAAAUACAACCUCAUAUACAGUGUAUUUUGGGAACUUGACUAUUUGGCCCAAGUUAUCUAUUUAUCACAGCAUCUCCCAGCUUAGUGAUAAAUAUUAUAACACAAACAAGUGUGAUCUGAUUAGAAAUGGUACAUAUCUUGCAAAGAAGUAUUUCAUAUUUUUUUACAGACACCUGUAAGUCUUCUAUCAUGAAUUCUCCCAAACUUAUUUGCUCCUGCAACAAAGGGGUUAACUAUAUCACAAUUCAGGUUCUCAGAAAGUUAUUCAUGUACACACGUGACUGUCUAUAGUACUCACUAUGCUAUACACUACAAAGAGAUACAGAUCAUAUUUGCCUCUAAACAAAAUUUAUUUGAGACCACCCCGAGGGCUUUCCCACGCUCUGGCCUCCACCGAGAGAGAAAAACUGGUUAAUUGAGGAAAGGUGAACUAAUCAGAAUAUUGGGAAUGCAGUGUGUAGGUAGCUACCUCCAGGAAAGUCUCACAAUGAGAUUUUAUUCCAAAAAAACCUAAUUUUAUAUAUUAAGUAAUCACUGUGACAGAUUGCUCAAACUGCUCUAAAACACCAAAGGGUUAAACUUGUAGACCAGCAGGGCGUAUUGUAUUGUUUUUGUGUGCGAUAGAAACCUGCGUGAUUUGCAUUUUUUUUUUCACUUUAUUGCACACUUUUUUUUUCUCUCCCCCUCUGAAACCACAAACUGAAAGUUGCUUUACAGCUGCUGCAAAUGGGACCUCCACCUCCGCUUUCCUAAUUCUGUAUAGUUACUGUCUCACACUAUCAAAAGGGGCUAGCAGGAGUGUCCCAGCUGUUCUUUAACUACAAUUUUUAUCAUUCUCAAUCAGUCAAAAUACUAAACAUGAAUUUGUUGUUGUAACAAUUAUUUAUGAAAAACAGCUACUUAAUAAAAAAACAAACACAGCUUUUUAAUAAAAUAACAAAAAAUUUAAAAUAAAAACAGCUAUUUGUUUCAGUGGUUACCCGAGAUUUUAUUUAUUUUAUUUACCAGCCCUCUAUAUUUAGAAACAUUCUAUUUUUUGAGGUUUGACAGGUGAAAUUGAAUGUAGAAAUUCACACUUCUGUACUGGAACUGGGCUCCCCUUCAGUCGGUAUCAUAACUGUGGCCAUUUGCUACCACAUGACAUAGUUAGCGGAAUACGGGGAAUAUAAACAAUGUGUCUGUUGCUCAGCUCAUUGCAUUCUAUGCCGUGGCCAUGCCUGGACUGAACUGCAUUGUGUUGUCACUUGCUGAAUAUUUAUACAACGUAUAGGUAAAUUUCAAUGUUAUAUGCAAUGGUGUCAUUUCAAGGGAAAUGACAGUUUGAUGUAAUAAUUAUUUAUGGGGUGAAAAAUAACAAUAAUAAUAAUGGCAUUCUUUCCUUAAUCAUUCCAUAGCGAACAGGACACUGUAGGCAUUGUAACUGUUUCAUUUCACCAUAGUUGUUCUAGUCUCUGUAGUCCACUGGUGCCAUCCAUCCAUUCAGCAUUGAACUGUUUUUACUGUUUUAAUGCGAAACAACCCAGCGGCCCAUCCACUCUGUGCUGCUUGGGCUAAUGAAGCAACAUUUGCCUGACCAACAUUGUGUGGCUGUGAUUGACUGAGAGUGUCAGCUGACCACUUGCAGCCUAUCACAGUGCCCAUAGCUGGUAUGAAUCGGUACAACUAGAAGGAAGUGUGUAAUCUCAGCCUUGGUCACACCUCCAGUAGGGGGCCGGGCUUAUUUAGUAUAAAACGACUUUAACACUAAAGAAACAGUGCCAGGAGACUCUAGGAAUUAUAACCACUUCAAUUAGAUAUUGUCAUAGUGCUUAGAGUGUCCCUUUAAUUAUUAUUUUUUAUCUUUUUAUAAAAGACCCUAUCCGUGUUAGACUGGCAUACCCAUAAACUGACUCAGAUAAAACCUUGCUAAGCACUGUGAAUCUUAUAUUGUUAUACUUAUUAUUGCUAUACUUAUAUUGUUAUACUUAUUAUUGCUAUACUUAUAUUGUUAUACUUUUAUUAGGAAGAAGUUUAAACGAGAGAGCUCACAUUAACAUUUUUCUCAGUUUCAAAAAUGUGCCGGCUUACAUAUCAUAAAUUAAACAUUUUAAAACAAGUGCACACGAGCAGCAAAUAAAAUGUAAUAUUUGCAAUUUAAUAAUAGAUAUCACUUUAAACCAGUAGUAAUAAUAUGGUGCCAGUACGUAUUAUUUUUCUAUUGUUGGCUCUGAUGCAAAAGAGAUUUGUUCUUUGUUCUGUUUUCCCUGCGGAAUGACACUGGAACAGUGCUCGUUAACAGCUGUUGAAGGUAGUUAUGUCUGUCUCCUUGUAAUUUAUAUUCAAAGUUAAAUAGGUUUUAACAUUUGCUUACACGGUAGAAGCAAAAUUAAAAUAGAAAUGCAGCUUCAUAGGUGUUGAAGGAAUCUGUCAUUGUAUAUUGACUUGUAGAUUUAUGUUUUAUAACGAUUGGUAGAUACAUACUAAUUUAUACUGAUUGGUACAUACCACGUUAUACUUAUUGGUAGAUACAUACUAAUUUAUACUGAUUGGUAGAUACAUACAUACCACGUUAUACUGAUUGGCAGAUACAUACCACGUUAUAUUGAUUGGUAGAUACAUACCACGUUAUACUGAUUGGUAGAUACAUACCACAUUAUACUUAUUGGUAGAUGCAUACCACGUUAUAUUGAUUGGUAGAUACAUACCACGUUAUACUGAUGGGUAGAUACAUACCACGUUAUACUGAUUGGCAGAUACAUACCACGUUAUACUGAUUGGCAGAUACAUACCACGUUAUACUGAUUAGUAGAUACAUACCACGUUAUACUGAUUGGUAGAUACAUACAUACCACGUUAUACUGAUUGGUAGAUACAUACCACGUUAUACUGAUUGGUAGAUACAUACCACGUUAUACUGAUUGGUAGAUACAUACCACGUUAUACUGAUUGGUAGAUACAUACCACGUUAUACUGAUUGGUACAUACAUACCACGUUAUACUGAUUGGUAGAUACAUACCACGUUAUACUGAUUGGUAGAUACAUACCACGUUAUACUGAUUGGUAGAUACAUACCACGUUAUACUGAUUGGCAGAUACAUACCACGUUAUACUGAUUAGUAGCUACAUACCACGUUAUACUGAUUAGUAGAUACAUACCACGUUAUACUGAUUGGUAGAUACAUACCACGUUAUACUGAUUGGUAGAUACAUACCACGUUAUACUGAUUGGUAGAUACAUGCCAUGUUAUACUGAUUAGUAGCUACAUACCACAUUAUACUUAUUGGUAGAUACAUACCACGUUAUACUGAUUGGUAGAUGCAUACCACGUUAUACUGAUUGGUAGAUGCAUACCAUGUUAUACUGAUUGGUAGAUACAUACCGUGUUAUGCUGAUUGUUAGAUGCAUACCGUAUUAUGCUGAUUGUUAGAUGCAUACCGUGUAAUACUGAUUAAUAGAUGCAUACCUUGUUAUACUGAUUGGUAGAUGCAUACCUUGUUAUACUGAUUGAUAGAUGCAUGCCAUGUUAUACUGAUUGGUAGAUGCAUGCCGUGUUAUACUGAUUGGUAGAUACAUACCGUGUUAUACUGAUUGAUAGAUAUAUGUAGAUUUAUAAUGUUUGGUAGAUACAUGUUUACUUAUACUGAGAGUUAGAAACAUACACUGUUAUAUUGACUCUCCGUAUAUACGUGGCAUUGUAUAUUGACUGAUAGAGCCAGAUUUUAAGUUUUACAAUUAUUUCUUGUGAAGAAUCAAAGAUUUUUAAAAAAGGUUCUGUUGAGUCUUUACAUUUUUCUUUCAAAGUCAUGCAAAUUUUAAAAAGUAUUUAUUAAAUUUAUCAAAUAUAUAGAACUAGGGACCUGUUUGAGAUGGCUGUUAAGAAAAAAAAAAAAGAGAGGUUGCUUCCUGGGUCAGUGCUGCACAGUGUGACUGAUAUUCAGUAUCUCCACCCUCUGCGAGAGAAUUUAUCAGCCCCCUAGUAGGUGUCUAAAGAUAUAUUCAUUUAUUUGUGCUUAUUUCUGUUUGGAUUAUUAUGCAAUCAUACUAAUGCCAGCUUUUUAAUUUCAGCUUUGGGUCAAAAUACAUAGUUACAUAGCUGAAAAGAGACUUGCAUCCAUCAAGUUCAGCCUCCCUCACAUUUGUUUUUUGUUGUUGAUCCAAAGGAAGGCAAAAAAAACAGUUUGAAGCACAAGUUUGCAACAAGCUAGGAAAAAAAAAUCCUUUUUGACCCCAGAAUGGCAGUCAGAUUAAUCCUUGGAUCAAGCAGUUAUUACCCUACAUUGAAGACUAUAUCCUUAAAUAUUCAGUUUUUGCAAGUAUGCAUCUAGUAGCUGUUUGAACAUCUGUAUGGACUCUGAUAAAACCACUUCUUCAGGCAGAGAAUUCCACAUCCUUAUUGUUCUUACAGUAAAAAAAACCUUUCAUUUGCCUUAGACAAAAUCUUCUUUCUUCCAGUCUAAACGCAUGACCUCGUGUCCUAUGUAAAGUCCGGUUUGUGACUAGAUUUCCACACAAUGGUUUGUAUUGGCCCCGAAUAUAUUUUAAUUGCAUCAAUUUGUUUAACCUCUUAGUGACCAGACCGUUUUUCAAUUUCAUCCCAAUUUGCAAUCAAUUAAAUUACUUAAUUAUGUAGAAAUAUUACAUAAAUAUGCACAUAAAAUUUAAAUAUAUAUACAUAUUUAUAUAUUUGAAGUCUACGUGUAUGUUUAAGAAAUUAAUUAUGUAUAUGGACAUAUGUAUAUUUUGUAUUAUUUUUAUAUAUAUAUAUAUAUAUAAAUAUAUAUAUAGAUAGAUAGAUAUAUAACUUCAUUAUAAGUGUAUUUGGAUCUAAAUAUAUAUAUAUAUAAUCAAAAUACAGUUAGAAUAAAAUUACAUAUAUAAUCUUUUUAUAAAAUUAGUAUUUUUACAUUUUAUUUAUUUUAAAAUAAUUAUUUAUUUUUUAUAAAAUAUAUAUAUAUAUAUAUAUAGUUAUUAUAUAAUAUGUAUAUACGUGUGUAAUUUUACUCUAAGUGUAUUUCUAUAUUAUAUGAAUAUAUUAAUAAAAAAUACACUCAAUAUGACAUUAUAUAUAGUAUGUGUGUGUGUGUGUGUGUAUAUUUAUAUAUAUAUAUAUAUAUAUAUAUAUACACAUACUCGGAAUUUAUCUAAUAUGUAAUGGGAUGUAGAAGGAGAAGCAAAGUUGGUUGAGGUGUGCUGAAACCAACAUACGAGUAGGCCUGUAAAAGAGGGCCCACAAAGGUUAAUUGUUAAUAUAGAUGGGUGUAGGUGGGUGGGGACAAACAGCAUGCACGACAAAGGUAAGUAGGGGGGGUAGGAUUUAUAUAGGAUAUAGGAUCAUAACUCCUCCCACAAAUUCAGGCCAAAUGGCCUUCCAAUUUGUGCUUGGAAUUUAUCUAAUAUGUAAUGGGAUGUAGAAGGAGAAGCAAAGUUGGUUGAGGUGUGCCGAAACCAACGUACGAGUAGACCUGUAAAAGAGGGCAAAAGAGGAUUCAAAGAACUUUAUGCAAGUUUAUACAGCGUGGGUACUGAAAGCUUGUGAGGAGCUUUUACUCUGAUUGAGGUAUAUAUGUAACUGCGCUGAGGAUUGCCCGUGGCCCCGACAUUUAGUGAUGUAGACUGGGGUGUAAGAGCUUGAAGCUGCUGAUGCAGCGCUUUGUGACAGAGAGGCCAGUGAAGGAAGCCAUGAUGUAGCUCCACCAUAAUGGAAGGUUUAGACGUUAAGUAGUGGAUUAGGACUGAUAGUGUGUGGUUGACCUUGGAGAUGUAACGCGGAGUGACAGCAUAGGAGGUUUAAGUAAGAUGCUUGAUUUGUAGGUUUGGAGAAAGAGGCAAAAAAUAACCAUAUUUAACUGCAAAAGUCUUGAUUCAAGCAAACUCUAAUUGUGACAUGUACAAUAUACAAGGCCCUGGCGUGAGUGAUAGAGUAGUCGUGAAAUUGCGUGAAGCGAGCGCACCUGUACGUGGUGUAAUUGUGUGCUAAAUCCAAGAUUAGCUCAUGGAAUGGUGGUAUCCCGGAUGACAUGUAGUGGAUCAUAGGGAGUGCCUGAAAGAAGACCUUAAAAUGAGAGCAUGCAAGAGUGUCAGCGGCUGUGUAGUGGACACCAGAAAUGUAAAUUUAGACCAGAAAGAGCUGAGGGGUUGCAGUCUGCCAAAUCAGCCGGCGAAUCAGCCACAGUGGCAGUGAGUAUGACCGCCCUUGCUAAUGAAAUCGCAGGCUGCGGAGUCGUCAGAGCAGCAUUCCACUGCCUUGCCGGUCCAAAGAUGACCCAGAGUGAGGGAGGCCACCACGAAAGGGUAGAUCUCCAACAAAGUAGAGGUCUCUCCAAAGGCCCGCAAGGCAUCCGACUCAGUGGGCCAGGCGUCCCUAACGAGUGGUUGCCGAAAAAAGGCUGCGAACCCUGUGUGUGCUGCUGCAUCUGUGUGAAUUGAAAGUGAGUGUUUUGAAAGUGGGGAUAUCCCAAUCCAUGCGGCCAAGAGAUCCCAAUCCAUGCGGCCAAAAAACUACUCCAAUUGUGUAAAACUGCCAUGGCUGGAUCGCCUGAAUGGUUGGGCAGGGGUUGGUACCUCGUGGAGCAAAUUUAAGUAGCCCAGGGACAAGAGACAAACCCUGCGGAAUGAUACACACAACAAAGUUGAGGGGCCUAAACCAGACCUGAAGCCCCCUCCUAUUGUGCGCAACAUCCGCAGAAGCAGGACAAAUCCAUUCCUAAUACGGAACAGAACGUCUGGGAGGCUGGCUUGGAAAGUAGUGGAGUCCAAUAUUAUGCCUCAGAAAGCAAGCCUGGAAGAGGGACCGACUGAAAAGGGGGAGGGGCGGGGGGGAGGGCUGUGGUGGUGUGAAUACUGUUAGGUGUUUGUGAACCCGUAAAAUCAACAAAAAUUUAUCCAGAACGUGGAUGACAGAUGGACACCAGAAUAUAUUUAGGAGCGGCCAGCAAAGGGUUUCUGCAGAGGACGGUGCGAAGAGGUCUGUGAUCAAACGUAUUUGGGUACUGUGAAUGGCUACCCCGAUGGGAGUAGUACACCAAGAUGAGAAAACGUGAAGACCGGAAAGGGCUGAUCGUGAAACCAGCAUAUGAUUGCUGUGGACAGAAGGUGGUCCACCUUAAAUGGGUCAAUAGAUGUAGAUAAUAGGUUAGGGCAUACGAGUGUACCCGUGGGGUUGGCGCCAAGGCCCGUGUGAGACCUCUGUGAGAAACCCAGCAUCAGCAUCUACCAUAUGCCCCGCUGGGUGUAAAUGCAGAUAGUAUACCAGGAUCUCAAUGUUGACCUAGUUAGGCGUAUCUUGGGUGACAGACAGGCUGUAUAUGUGGACUAGGUGUGAGUUCUGGAGCAGAUGAAGCGGAUGUGUGAUACCCUGUAUGUAGUGAAAAUAGCAUACCCCAGCAUUAAAGUCAUAGCUCGCCCGCGCUUUGCCCAGAAAUUAAUGGUCAGCGCCGCUUGUCCUUCUGCCCGCCUCCCAGUGUAGUGUGUGGGAUGAAGGAGUGGUAAGAGAGACUAAACAGUUAAAUUUGUGACAGACCCAAGAAGCCUGGAUAUGUUAAAAGCAUAGUGAUAGGUACCGGGUUCUCGGGUGUGUGCCGAGAGAGGGAAAAGACAUGUGUGGGCUUAACGAGGUCAUGCGUAAUAUUAGGAAUGUAGUAUGAAAGGUUGUAUUCUUUAUCCCUCGUAUAUUAGAAAUUAGAUGUAUGUAAUUGCCCAAAUGAGGGGCCAGAAUUGCCAUAGUGCCCGUGGUGGGCCAUGUGUAAACAUAUGGAGUGAAGGCUUGGUGAGGGCCAUGUGUAGAGGUAUUGUAGUGGAAGGCAGAGUAUUUCGUCCAACAGUAGACCGAUUAUUGGGAUGGAUUCUUGUGACAUUCUGAAAAGAAAUAAUGAUUUGGAUAAGUAAGGUGUUGUAGAGGUGGAGAUGAGACCUCCGGAGAACUGACCUGCUAGCUAGUGCCGAGGCGAAGAAUUAACCUAGGACCAAGUGACAGGUGAGGCCCUGCUAUUGCCAAGUGGUGGUGAGAGGCUCUACCUAUGAUUUGGGCCGAGGGGGUUUUGUGGCCACCAGAACGAGGUGGCAGGAUGUUGGCCUCUCAUGACAGUAAGAGAUUCAAAACGUGUGGCCGUGACUUGGGAAGCCCUAACUGUAGCCCAAAGAAGAGCGAGGUGGCUAGCUAUGAUUUGGUCGUGGGGCUGAACCUCCGUGUAUGAGGUGGAGGUGUAGACCUUGCGGACCGCAGUAUUAUUUGGGAAAGCUAGGGCCAGCGCCUAACCCUGAAAGCCAGUUCUCUAACCUGACAGGUCUUGUCUCUAGAAAGGAAGUAUGUAGCGUAUGUAGAUACUGACCUCGAAUGUUUGUCCUGUAUAUUUAGAUAAUGCUCAGGGCGACUUCAAUAUAUAUGUAUAAAUAUAUACUGCGAAGAACAGGUACAGUCCAGGAACCUAGGGGUAAAAGGAUGCUAGCAGGCCUGAGGCGUGCCACUGGUAUGCCAAGUGUAAAAAUGUAGAACGUAUGAAAAGGAGUGUAACCGCGAAACUGUAGCGUAAGAACCAGUGUAAGCUGAGGGACCUGCACAUUGGUCUAAAUAUUUUGAGACAAGCCCCUGGAUUCCCACAAAUGUGCAUUACUUGUGAAAGAUACAAAGGCAAAGUGAGGCCUUAGAAGGAACGUAAUUGUAGUGAGGAAGAUUAAUGAUACCUGAUACUGAAACAUCGGGGACCAGGUAGCCUGUUGGUUUGUUGAUGGCGUAGUGAAUCUGUGACAUGGUGCAGUUCUAAGUAAUGAUAUGUAGAAAUGAUAAACAAAUUUAACACAUUAAUAUAAUAGUAACAUGGAGGGUGAGGCAUCUUUAGACCUGGUAUGUUUGAAGUUAGAACCCACUGUGGGAGGUGGGAGGGGAUAAUAAAAAAGGCUGUGGAGGCUGAAUGAGGCCUCGGGAGAAACGUAAAAAUGUUAACCUUUUUUUCUACCUGAUACCGUGAGACGGGAUACUGGAACCACCUCCUGGAGUUUUCUUGAAGAAGAGUAGUAGAACCUAAAACACGUUUAUUAUUUAAAAAUAAGGAAUCCGAGUAUAGUGUUUUUAAUAUAAAUAGAGAUUUUAGAAAUAAGAGCUAAUGAACAAAUUGAGCGUGGAGCUGGAUAAAUUUAAGCGGUUUGAUGGGCUUGACCUAUUGACAUCAAAAAAGAGUAAGGGGGCCAACUGUGUCUUUAAGAGAAUGCCCCUGGGAAUUUAUGCAUAAUUAAAUGUGACUAUGGGUGAUGAAUAGUGACACUCUGAUUUAAGGAAAAUGUAGGGAGAACUGUGUACAUAUGUUUAUAAAAGGAACAAAUUUGAGGAACAUACUUAAAAUUAUACAAAUAACUGCAUAAAAUCUCAUGCGUACGGUUAAUGAAAGUGCAAGAGGGAUAUAACAGGACCGCAUGUGAUAAAUUAGGAAAAACUAAAAGCUAGUAAAACAGCCGUUCGUACGUGUUUCGGCUAAUAAACGUAUGUAAGAAACAGGCGAACGUAGGUGAGUAUAAGUGGUCGGUAUUUAAUACUAACGAAAGAAAAAUGAACGAGUGUGUACUCUGUGGUCAACUAAUAGCCGCACGAACGCAGAAGUACACGAACAGCAGAAUUAUACGAACGGGUAAGUAAUAUAGGGAGACUAUUCUGGGUUUUUAGGCCCGAAUGUGGGAAAUAGCAGUACGCUAUUUCCCACGUUGAUGCUUACGUGUGCGUGCCGGUCCCGUGACCGGAAGCAAGAAAGCCAGGUAAGGAAUACAGCGGGGCAGCCGGUGGACAAGCGCAGAUGUCGGCUGCAGGAGUUGCUGAAGACAGAGUGUUUGUUCAAGGCAGGACUGGCCGGAACAACGACCGGAAGUGCAAGUAACUAUGGAGACAAACAGCUUGCACGAGAAAGGUAAGUGGGGGGGUAGGGUUGAUAUAGGAUCAUAACUCCUCCCACAAAUUCAGGCCAAAUGGCCUUACAACAUAUAAUAUUUUUUUCCUUUAUUAAACAUUUUUUAUUUUACUUUUUUACCAGCAGGCAGCACUAUGGACGCCUAUUGAGGUCAUGUGACCGCUCUUUCAGAGUGAUCACAUGGCCCACGGGGUCCUAAUUUGCCGUGUGGGGACUGUCUGGGCUGUCAGACAGUCCCCCCAGACAGAGAGGAACACAGAUCCCCCGGUGGGGGAACGAUGGCGAUCAGGUAAGUACUAAGAAAACCACGGACGUAUUAGGUAAGGGUUUAAUAAACAGGGUUAUUUACUAAAGUGAGAAUUGGAAAAUAAUGUAAAAUUUAAGGCCAGAAUAGCCAAACUGACAGCAUAGCUGAUUUAUCUAACUUUUCCAGUUUGGCUAUUUGUACCUUAAAGGGAACCUGUUGAAAAAUAAUGUUCUUACCUGAAAUUGCUCCCAUACAUUGAAUACACCAUAUAACACAAAGAUACAUGUAUUUAAUGUUCAAUAUUCACCUUUCCUCCGUUACAGUGGUGUUUUGUGGGUGUUACUUUACGUGUAACACCCACCUCCGGGCUGUCCUUCUCUCCUCCUCCGCUCCGCCUGCAUUCUUCUUUGAUUUGCCCUGCUUGCCCCAGUGACGUUGGCACACAGGAUUCGUUGCCAAUGUGCCGGCCGGCAUUGAAACGCAGUGAAGUCCCUUUUAAAUUUAAAGUUAACUUUGAAUUCUGGAAAAAGUGUUUAAUACUCAAAGUAUAAUUUUGUUUCUAGUGCCAAUUUCUUUAGCUAUAUACCAAUGUUAGGUUAAAGGGACACUAAAGCCAUCAAAACCACUACAGCUUAAUGUAGUGGUUCUGGUGUCUAUAGCCUGUCCCUGCAGGCUUUUUAAUGUAAACACUGCCUUUUCAGAGAAAUUUAUUGAAUGAAUCUCUAUGAGGAAAGGUUGAAUGCAACUUUUUACCGAGCAUGCAUAAUACCCUGCCAAUGCUUUCGUAAGGAAAAGGAGUGUGGGUAUGGCUAACUGCAACAAGAGUGGUGUGGUCUACUUUUCUCAUGGUAGGCAAGUCUGGCCUAAACAGUGCUUUCACGCUUACAUUGUUAGGAUUACAUGUUUGUAUUCUUGAUACGAUAGUGUUCUUUUAAGCCAUGGGUGCCUAAAAGGUAGAUCCCAAGAUGUUUUAAAAACUAGAACUUUCAUGAUUCCUUAUCAUUCUAAAGACACACAAAGAAUCAUGGGAGUUAUAGUUCUACAACAUCUGGAGAUCUGGGGUUCUACCUUUCGAGCAACCCUGCUUUAAGCAGUAUUUUCAGAUUAUCUUUGGAGAUGGGGAAUUUUAAACCUUCAGCAGUUACUAUUUGAAAGAUAUGGUAUACAGCUUAACAAAUUGACCUCUGGUACAUAGAAAUAAGGAGUAGAUAAGGGGUUUUAAGAUAAUUCUGUGCAGACAUAUAGAACAGGAGUAGUUAACAUGAAUUGCUUUACUACAGCUGUAAAGGAGACUGGCAAUAUACAUGUGCAGUAUUUUUUUAGAUAAUGGGAUUACCAGUAUCUUUAAACAAUAUGCCUGUGGGGUUUAUUUACUAAACAACUGAAUUGCAUGUAAUAUAUUCAAACUGACAUUAAGAACUAUUUUAGAAUUUUUAGGAGCCGCUAAGUUUUUAUUUUUAAUUUUUUUUAAAUUUUUUUUAUUAAUUCAAGUUUAUUACAGAAAAGGAAGUUAUAACCACAUGAUGCAGUACAUUUGCCACAUAAGUUGAAAUAAAUAUGGAGACACAGUUAUGUGUAGAGAUGGAUUGAGAUAAACCACUUGAAUGAACACUUCAAGCACCAUAACCACAACAGCACGCUGUAGCCAGAAACAUGGCUGUAAGUUAUCAUGCCACCACACUAUGGGUGGAUUCACUAAAUGUUUCAUAACGAUUGAACCUUUAGAAAUAAAAGAUUGCCCUUAAUCUGAUUAUAAAAGACAAUAGACAAUAGACAGCAAAAUCUCCUAUAGAGAAUUUUUAUUUUUUACGUGACUUCCUGACCCACUCAUUCUGCUGAAAAUGUAAUAUAGAAUGAGACCAAAUCUUGUUUACAGACAAAUUACUGUGAACGUUAUUGCAGUAAAUCUGUUACAUACAGGCGGAAACAAAUUCAGUGCUCUGAAAAUAUUCUGAUAAAAACUGCAGGGACUGUCCCUACUGUAUAGGGACACUUGGGAAGUGUUGUUAUGGACAAUUAGCUGUUCAUAAACGCAAUCAUGAGGUUUGUGAUUUUGUUUUUUGAAGGCAGGUAUUUUUUAACAAGUGCUUUACAGCACACUUUCCCCAUAUUCUAUCCAUUCCUCAUGUCACAGUCCAUGCUUAUUUAUAUUAAUAAUUUUGAGUGAUCUGGCUAAAACAUUUUUGAUAGAAUAAUUGUAAUUGUUUAUUGACCUCCAGUUAGCGGUAAAGCCAGAUUAGCUGGUUGCACCCUGAGGUAUAUUCACUAAACCGAGAAUAACAAAAUAAAUAGCGUAUCCUGUGUCCAAUUUAAGUAUACAAAAAAAUAUACAUACAUAAAUCUUCAGAUGAGCUCUAAGAUGGCUCAAUAAAAUGUGAGUGGAUUUUAUACGGAGCCACAAACUUAAUUCCUGUUUAUAUCAAACUGUAUUGCACUAUCAUUUUGUUUUUCUUGUUGUUCUGAGGUCUACCCUCUGAAGAUUUAUGUACGUCUAUUGUUGUAUACGCUAUUUCUUUUGUUUGUUCAUUCUCGAGGUCUGGUAAUCCUUGUACUGUGUACUGCAGCCUGCACUGGUUAUUUAUUCACUAAGCUACAGUGAGCGCCUAUUAUUCCUGUUGUACAUACUAAACAAAGAAUAGUGAAAAGAAAAUCAAAUUUCAAGGUACAGCCGUGACUAUAAAUUGAAGAAUUUUAUCAAUUCAAAUCUAUUUCCAAUUCACUACACGUUGGUAAACCACAAAAUGUUACUAUGUAAUCUGCAAAUGUAUAGAACCUAUUGUUACACUCACGUAAUGUAACAGAACAUAUUACAUUACAUCAACUACAAAAGCCAGUUUGCCAAAAUAAUCUUCCACUAAAUCGUUGGAAUUUACACUAUGACUGUUAAGCAGACCUUAAGGUAAAUCACUUUUUCCCGUUUGGCUCUUUUUGAAGUCGAGUUUUAUCAUGUUGGACCCUAACUGGUCUGAACAUGAACUGAACGUCAUUGGCAGAGAUGCAGUGUGCGCGAGGAGCAAAGACAAAACACAGACCAGAUGAAAGCAAACAUUGUGCAGCCGAUAAAAGAUUGGUGGGGCUUAUUUACUCAAUCAGGAAUGUUGAACAAUUGUCAAGAAAAUAAUAGAUUUUAGGCCAAGGUAUUUGAACCGAAGAAAAUAGCAGACAGGGUUGUUCACUAAAUUGUGUAUUGUCAGGAAUUCAAAGUGACUUACAAAAUCAAGGUCAAAGUGGCCGAACUGGAAAAGUUCUCUAAGUCAGUUAUGCUUUCAAUUUGACGACUCUGGCCUAAAACAGAAAUUUCAUUUUGAAUUCUUACUUCAGUAAAUAAACCCCAACUUAGUGUGAGAUUAUUCUCCUUAUGGCUUUUAUGAUCUAACAUUUUCCAGUUUUCAACAAAAACGCAGUUUAGUGAAUUAACCCCAAUUGUGUUUCCGGCCAGUAAGCCCACACCUGGCAAGACAUUACGACAGGCUAGAAAAAUAAACCUGUAAAUGAUGUCACUGUGAUAGAACCGAAACACAUAUUUAGCUGAUAAUAAUAAUUUUAUUAAUUCCUAUUGCAUAACUCGUUUGGCAUUUUAUAUAACGUUUGUUGACUGAAACCUACUUAGGUCAGAUCAGUGUAACACUGAUGUUUUUUUUUUUUUUUUUUCUGGAUUCGCUUGGGUAAGGGGUGCAGAAAAAGUAAAUAUAAAAGCAUGCCCCUGUGUGCGAGGUAUCUAUUUUCUCUUGUACAUGUGUAUUCACAGAUUUGUUGGUUAGGUACAGUUAGUUAUGAUAGAUUCUUUUAUCUAUUUUUUAAAAAUGUAUACAGAUUUGUUUUCUUUCAGUUUUGCUCAAAAGUCCACCCGUUCUUCAUAUAUCAUGACUUACGUUUGCCCAUUAAACAUUGUGUAAAGAAUAUGUUCAACAGCAUUAUGGAGAGUUAACUGAGCAUCAUGAUUGGCUGAAUCACUUCCUGGUUUGGUAAAAGUUCAUUGCACAAGCCUUGAGGUUUGCAGGAAAUCUAGGAGUAUCCUUCAAUUAUUGUUUAAUUAUUAUUAAUUUAUUGGUUUCAAAAGGAACAAUGUUCCUCUAGCAAUUUAAAUGUGGAACGAUAGCGAGACGCAAGAGGUUUCUUGUCAUUCAAUAACUUUUUAGAAAUUCAUUGAUAUAAAACUGGAUUCAAGCUGGUUCUUAGACGUGUGCACAGCUUAGGAUAUGUUUCAGGAUGGCCAUAUUUUGGCCAUAUAGCGGUUCAGCUCAUCCAGUUUUUUGUUUACAAAAUAUAUUCAGGGAAAAAUUAAUAAGACAAAAGGGGGUUAAAAUGGGUCCAUCUACCUACUUCCAAAUAUAUACAUAAUAUAAAAAUAUAUAUUACUCUUGAUUUACAAAUACCUUUAUCAUUUAGUGACUGUCCACUAUACAUUAAUUAUGGUUUUUCCCAUUAAUCAUCUCUUUUUAUGGUACCAAAAGCAGAACUCUGAAUCUCGAAUUAAACAAACAUACUCAUCCAUUGAGCGAGUCGUUUGUUUUCUGAUUACACUGUGUGGUGGGAUAAUGGGGAAUUCGUACGAUCAUACUAUCGGACCAAAUACAUAUGAAUUGCAGUUCAUAAUGACAUGAAUCUCCAAGUUUACUUCUUAUCUAUUUGUAGAACAAAUUAAAAUAAGCCUCCACCCCUCCUCCCACAGCACUCUAAUUUCCUGUAACAUAUGUGUAAAUCUUCUGUUCCUCUUCCGUGCCAGGAUUAUUUAAGUUUUGAGUAACACAGGUGUUCUUUAAAGGCAUGACGUGAUCUGUUCAUUUGUCAAGCCGUGAUCGAUGUGUCCGCUUUACAUAUCGCACAGGAGUGUUAAUUGUUUUGCCGAUCCAUUCCUUUCAUUCAAGCUGAAAGUAUUUGCAGCACAUGGGCCCACGCCACAAUAAUAUAUUCAUGAACCCAAGAGUUUAUCAUAACAAGCCAGAGCUAAAAUAAUGGCAGCCACUAUGAUCACACCUCCUAAAAUGUUCGUUGUCAAUUAAACAAACACUAACAAUCGUCAUCCGCCUUUCAAAACAUGGUGACAGACACAUACAGGCCUCUACAAUUGUAUUGAUUAUUAUUCCAUGUAUUUAGAGCAGGUCACGUAUUUUAGAUGUUCGUAUUUCUCACGUGCCCGUCAAGUCACUAUCAUUGCAUUAUGUUACACUUUUGUUUAUUUAUUUGUAUUCUGCGGGAAGGAAUUUUCUGUUGCCCCAUUCAUGUCCUGCUUGUCACUUCCUGCUCUGAAAGGUCAAUCCUUGUUGGCAUAUAGUAGAUUAUUGACUGUAUUACACAAGAUGCUAAAAAACAUUGACGGAGUAUAAUUUAUUUGGAGGGACCCUUUGAAAUUGAAUAUCAGUCUUACAAUUCUUGACUUAUACCACAACAGUAAGAUGUUCUUCUUGUGCAGUUUAACUUUAGGCAUUCUGUAAUUAGGAACAGUGCACUAGUGUAAAGUUUUAGUAGUUCCGCCUAGAAUAUUCACAAAAACAUGAAGAAAAUACUCAGCCUUCAAAAUCUAUUUUCUUAGAAAAGUCUCUCCCUCUAUCUCUAAAUUUAUUUAUAUAUACAAAGCGAGAUAGAGAUAUAGUAUUUGCUUCAUGUAUUUGUGAAUAUUCUAGGAACGUGUGUAUGUGUGUGUACACAUACACACACACAUACAUACACAGACACACAUACACACACACGUUCCUAGAAUAUUCACAAAUUUAUAUAUACAGAGAGAGGGAGAAUUUUCUAAGAAAUAGAUUUUGAAGGCUGAGUAUUUGACUGACUGAUAUUCAAUUUCAAGAGGUCCCUCAGGGUAGACUAUACUCUGUCAAUGUUUCUUGUGUAAACAGAUGCGUACCUAGGGUCUCCAGCGCCAUUGGCGAGGAACCAUAUUGGCGCCCCCCUGCCAUUUUACCUGUUAGAGCGGGUAAGGGGGGCAGCCUCUCACUGGCGACGCGCUCUCACACUAAGCGCCAGCUAGUCACGUGACACCCGGUGCUCCUACGCAGAACGGAAGCACCCCCUCCUACUGUGCAUGUGGUUCCCAUAUGUAGCCGCACGCUUCCCUGGGGUGCCGGGUGCCUGUCAUACUGACACUUAAUUUUUGCGCCCCCCCCCCCCUCGGCCUGCGCUCCUGGUGGGCGCCGGUUUUCGCCAACCCAACGGUAGGUCCAUGUGUGUAACGCAGUCCUAUACACUAGGUAUGUAUGUAGUGAAUUUGAUUAAUGUUACUCUGAUGGAAAUCAGACUCACAAUAACAUUGAUUACUACACAACUUUAGUCCAAACUUGAAUCUAUUGGGAAAUAGGCAGGUUCUGACACCCAUAAAACCAAAUGCAUCAGAUUAUACGAGGCUGACAAAUGACUUGUUUGGACUGAAAGUGAUAUAGUUAUAAAAAUCAAAUGAUUAACUGGUUCUUCGUGGUGUUGGCGGGUAUCCAUGACUCACAUUGUUAAUUAAUCCACCCAUGGCUUCCGCUUGUGUUUUGAUUUCUAAAUUUAUCUGUUAACCUCUCCCUAUCUGGGGGAGUCAAAUAUAUAUUCCCACAAUCGGCACAAAGGUGUUCGAAGGUCAGACGUUUAUCACAUAAUCUUUAUUUCUUGAGUUCGUAUUAAAUGUAUGCUUAUGGGCAAUGUAUCGGAUGACGAACCUAGCUGAGAAUGCGUGAUAGAGAUCAUCAUUUGAACAAGGUCGAUUGGCUAAAGUAUAUUAUUAUUAUUAAAAUAUAUACCAUCAUGUAUAUAUCUAUAAAGGCAUCAGGAACAGUAUAGCAUUAUGAAUACAAACGUAUUCCUAAUGCCAUAUUGUUAAUCUACCUAUUUAGGUUCCCCCUGCACCAGUGAGGGUUUGAAAGGUAAGAUAAUGCUCCAAUCGUCCCACUGACUCUCCACCUCAUUGACUUAGAUCAUCAAUCUUGAUGAUUUUAGCUAAUCCAAUGUUUAACCCAGUGGAGUACACAUGACCCAUGGGGCCCCGGUGCAAAAAUUGAUCCGUGGGCCCCCCCGCGCUUACUCAGCGCGGGUCGGGCCGCAACACAUGGCAGCGGGCACCUGGUCGCAGGGGUUGCAGGGCUGCGACCCCGCGACAGCGGUAUGCACACACACUUAAAGGACCACUACAGACACCCAGAUCACAUCAGCUCAAUUAAGUGGUCUGGGUGCCAGGUCCCUCUAGUUUUAACCCUGCAGCUGAAAACAUAGCAGUUUCACUGAGGGUUAAUCCAGCCUCUGGUGGCUGUCUCAUUGACAGCUGCUAGAGGAGCUUCCGCGAUUCUCACUGUGAAGAUCACAGUGAGAAGUCACUGAACGUCUAUAGGAAAGCAUUGAGUAAUGCUUUCCUAUGGGCGGUUUAAAUGCGCGCGCGCGCCUCUUGCCUUGCAUGUGCAUUCGGAGCUGAGAGGCGGAGGGAUCCCCAGACACACACACUAACACACAAACACACGAACACACAAACACACACUAACAGACACACAUUUUUUUUUUACUUUAAUACCCCCAGCCUCCUUACCUUUUGGAGGGCUGGGGGGAUUCCCUGGGGUCCAGUGGUGCUGCUGGGCUCCUGGGCGGGCUGGCUGUCUGCGUGGCCGGCGCGCGAGGGAGCACUCUCCUUUGAGUGCUUCCUCUUCAGCUCCCUCCGGCUCCGGUAUCCAUUCGGUGCGCGAGGGAGCUGAAGAGGAAGCACUCAGAGGAAAGUGCUCCCUCGCGCGCCGGCCACCCAGACAGCCAGCCCGCCCGCCCGCCGGGGUCAGCAGGGCCAGCCUCGGGGGGGGAACCCUGAGGUGGCCGCCUCCUGGGCCCCCCAGGAGAAGAGGCUGGCCCUGUGGGUACAUACCGUGUCGCAGGGGCGGCCGGGCCCCCUGGUGGGCCGGGCCCGGUCGCAGCCGCGACCCCUGCGACCCUGGUAUGUACGCCUCUGGUUUAACCCCUUAAGGACACAUGACAUGUGUGACAUGUCAUGUUUACAUUUUAUUCCAGAAGUUUGGUCCUUAAGGGGGUUAAACCAAAGAAAAACAAGUUACCUGUGCUCUCCUUAAUCCCUAUGUAUUUUUAAACAAAUUGAGGUUUUUUAGUAACCUCCAAUGGCCAUGAGAGGAUAAGCCCACCUGCCAACGUCAGUGUUUACCAUAUGGAUACACCGGGAGACUUGUGCUCAUGACCGGCAGCACCGCGCUGCACCAGUCAAAUACUGCUAUAUGAACGAUUCUCAGAAGUGCUUAUAGUGGCUGUGUGGAAGAGCCACUGGAGGUGUGUGAACCCUGCAUUUGAUACAUUGCAGUUUCUGUAAAACUGUAUUGUUUUACAUUGUAGGGUUACAACUACAGGUCCUCUGCACCCAGGCCACUUCAUUGGGAUGACGUGGUUUGGGUGAAUUUAGUGAUACCAUAAGGUAAAUUAGUGUUGUGUAAAAAUAAAAUUUAAAAAUGCUGUUUUUGUUUUUUCUUGUGUCAAAUGGAUCUGCUGCAUGUUAGAAUAAUGUGUUUAUGAUUAAUAUUUUAUUGUGAAAUAGGUAUUUGAAAAAAAUGAAAAUUACAGCUAUGAUACAGAUAUGUUUCAAUAGAGCAAUUAGCUAUUAGUCACCGGUAAAAACAAUCAGAGCUAUUUGCUAAAGAGUGAAUUGUUAGCAAUUCAAACAGGGUUACUCACUAAGUGAUGUACAACACACAAUUUAGUUAUAUAGAGUCCAUAGAAUACUCAAUAAAAUCCAUGUGAGAUUCCCUUCCUUCACAUCUUAACAAUAAAUAAAAUACACACAAAAGUAAGUAAAACAAUACUUCUCUCAAAUUAUAUGUAAUAAGGUCUGCAGGAGAGAAACAAAACAUGGAGAGGCAAUAGCGCACAUUAUACAGAUUCUAAAUAGGCUAGAGGUAAUAGUAACUGUCACACACACAAAGGUAGUCUAGAGUCAUGUGCAUAGGCAGAGGGGACUGUGUAUUGGAGGGGGGGGGAGCUGGGACACCUAUUAGCCCCACCCCCUUUUACUUCCCAUCCUAAAUAACGAGACUACAAACGUACUUGGUGUCAAAAAACGGAUACAGCGUUAUAAAAUAACAGAUGUCAUUUACAUCAACUCAAAACAUAUUAAUAUAAUAUAACUGAUUAUCAACCACUUCUACAGAGUACCACCGUGCCAACCUAAUCCAGUUACCUGGGCUCUUGUCCUCCCCACUCAUCCUAACCAUUAAAAUGGCCUUUAGCCUGGUCUUACGUUAAUGUAAUGCUGACCAAUAGCCUGCCAUUGGCUCAGUGAGCCCGUCCAUUAACCCAUACCUGUACCCAAGGUUAGCGGAGGGAUCAGCCCUGAACAUUCAUCAUCCCACGGACCGCUAAUCCAACCUGGAUUGUCAAAGACCUUCAUCCGCCCGCUGUGACAAAAGACAAAAAUUAGAACAGAAAACAAACAACAUCCGCAAAGGAGGGAGUGCGGGAAGCUGUUACCAAGCCAGUCAAUUUAAGAUGGCUGCUUGCCCACUAAAAUGCAAGCAGCAUUUAUUUCUUUAUUCCUCACCCAUUCUCUUAGGUUCCCUAUUAUUACCAGAUUAAGAGCCCAGUGGGCCUGGUACUGACAAUUAUGAUGGGCCUAAUUACAAAAUCUUAUCGACCAAAAACACUAAAACAGUCCUACCUUCCAAGCCUCAUGUAUCUAAUGGAGAUGGUGCUGGAGGGAAACUCAUAGGAUGCAGCUAUGAGAAAACACAUACCCUAUACUAAUCUCACGCUUUCAUCUUUCAAGUAAAUCCAUACCCCCUAACAGCAGUGUCCAGUAAAGCAGAAAGUCUAUAGAUGGAGUAAAAGGGUGGGCCACUGGCGCAAAUCACAUAACCAGAACUGCUGAAAGGGGCAAACAUACCCAAAAAGAGGGCAUGCCUUCCAGUCUCUUUGUGUCUGUGUCCCCAUGUCUCCCAGUGUCCCCAUGUCACUAGGGGACAUUGAGAGACAUUGGGACACUGGGAGACAUGGGAACACUGAGAUACUAGGGAACACUGGGAGACAUGGGGCACUGAGACACUGUGAUAUGUAGGGGACACUGGAGACUUGAUAAAGACCUGGUUACAGGUCAAAACGUUGUGAUGUCCAAUAAACCUGCUUAAAUCUAUCACAGUGAGUGCCUGAGAUUUUUUUAUUUUAUACUAGGGGACACUGAUACACUUAGGGGGAAAGUGAGACAUGGGGAAACUGUGAGACAUGGGGAAACUGGGAGACUAGGGGACUCUGGGAGACAUUGGGACACUGAGACACUGGUAGACUAGGGGACUUUGGGAGACUAGUUACAUAGUUACCUAGUUGAAAAGAGACUUUCGUCCAUCAAGGUCAGCUUUCCUAGGAAACACUGAGACACCAGGGACACUGGGAAACAUGGGGACACUGAGAUACUAAGGACACUGGCUGGGAGACAUGGGGACACUGGGAGUGCCCCAUGUCUCCCAGGUCUCAAAGUCGCCCAGUGUCCCCAUGUCUCUCAAGGUCCCCUAGUGUCUCAGUAUCCCCAUGUCUCCCAGUGUCACUUAGAGUCUGUGUCCCCAUGUCUCCCAGUGUCUCCAUGUCACUAGGACACUAGGGAACACUUAGACACAUUGGUACACUGUGAGACAUGGGGACACUGAGACACUAGGGGACUCUGGGAGACUGGGGGACUCUGGGAGACUAGGGACACAGACACCAGGGACACUGGGAGACAUUGGGACACUGAGACACUAGGGGCCACUAGGAGACAUGUCUCCCAGUGUCUUAAUGUCUCAGUGUCCCCAAGUCUCUCACCGUCCCCAUGUCUCACAGUUUCCCCUAGUGUCUCGGUGUCCCCAGGUCUCCAAGUGCCCCCUAGUGUCUGUGUCACAGAGUGUCCCUAUGUCUCCCAGUAUCCCCAAGUCUCUCACCGUCCCCAUCUAUCACAGUUUUCCUUAGUGUCUGUGUUGCCAGGUCUCCCAGUGCCCUCUAGUGUCUCAGUGUUUCCAAUUGUCCCCAUGUCUCACAGUGUCCCUUAGUGUCUCAAUGUCCCUUAAUGUCUCCCAGUGUUCCCCUAGUGUCUAUGUCCCCAUGUCUCCCUGCAGCCUUUCUCCCAUCCCACACUUACCUGAGCUGUUGGCUGUCUCUGCAGGCUCGGAGCUGCUGUCUGGACUCUCUGUGCAGAGCUGCUCCCCCGCGUAUCAGUGAGUAGAGAGAGGCAGGGAGGAAGAUGCUGUAACUUUUUAUCCCUACCCCUAUCCACACACACAGCGACCCCCUAAUGGCCGGUGCUGGUAUUGCAGAAUAAUCUGUUUAUACUGAGACUUACAUUUGUAUUGCUGGUAUUACUGCAAUACCGGCACCGGCUAGGCAGCUUCAAAUACCCGAGAAAUACUUCUGAGAAAUACCUGGCAACCCUAAGAAAUAGCUGAGAAAUACCUGGCAACCCUAAGAGUAGUGUGUAAAAAUAAAAUAAAAAUGUUUUUGAAUCAAUGGGCCUAUUCCAUGGGCUUGGGCCUGGAGCUGCAGCUCCAUGAGCCCCUAUGUUAAACCGGCCCUGAUUGUUACCCUAUCUACACCCCCCUCACUCUCAUAUGUCCUUGUUCUGUCUCUGCCUUGCCUGACCCCUCAGGGUCUGUUUAGACACUGCUCUCUAGUGGUGUAAGCAGUAAGAUUAGGAAGGGCUAAUUGUAGUGAAUAAAAUAUCAAAUUGUAAAUUUCAGACUAAAAUAGCCAAACUCUGACUGUAAUGGAACUAGGUAUUUUUUUCCAUACCAGCUAUUUUGGCUGUAAUUAACCAAUUUAGUUUUCAAGUAUAAUUAACUGUUUAGUGAACAAUAUAAUAUCAGAGAGCUAAAUUUGCUGUCAGUGCUUGCCUGUCAUUAUUCCCCCCUUUACACAUAUAAUACACCCCCAAUAUCUCGCACACACAGACUACAGCCCCAAUUUUCCCCCAAACACACACAAUAACAAUUAUUCUUAAACAGUGAAAGCACCGAUGAGUAUCUUUCUUAAAAUUUACUUUUUACUUUCAUAUUAAGUAGUAGUAUUAAUUGAAAAGAAAAUAAAAGUUGGUGGGAUGGGCCAGACUCAGGGGUUGAAUUUUUGAUGGCAGCCCUGGGCGUGUGCAGCUCAUAUCUUUAGGGUGUGUAAACAGUGACCUUUUCUUCAUAAAAAGGGUAUAUUUAUUCAAACUCAACCAUUAUAAGGGCACACUUAUUAUUGAUCUUGUUACAUUCUCAUAAACAUUCCCUGGUCAUGCAGACAUACCAUACUUUAAAGAGAGGUGGAUUCAUGGAUCUAUACUUACCUGGAAGCUAGUUGGUCAUUCAAAUGAUCUGUGGUGAUUUUUUAACCUAAUUAAAAUGAUAUUAGUUGCUAGAUGUACAUAAAACUAAUUUUAAUCAAUUCGAAAAAUUCUGAAAAUUUGGUUCAUUCACAAACAAGUAGAAACAGAAUCAUCCAAACCAAAUUAUCUGAACUGAAUAAGACUUAUCCAAAUCAAAUGAGAAUCAUCAGAAUUAAAAUACUGAAUUUUUUUUUUUAUUUUUUUUUAAUUCUAAUGAUUCUGAUUCAGUUCAGAGGAUUCUGAAUCAGUCUUUUCAUGAAUGAACCAUAUUUCAGAAUUGAUUCGUUUGACGAUUGCUAGGAAUUAUAUUUUAAAAAUGUUUUGUACAUGGCUAUUACUUGCUAUUUGGGCACUUUAUGCAGCCAGCAUUGUUAGCAGUGGUUCUACUGUGCAAAGUAGUAGGAGCCGGCAAUUGGGGCUAGAUGUAGAUAACAAUUCUGGGUCAAAUUUUGAAAACGGGUUUUAACACCCACAACAUUCCUUGGUUUCCACAGUAACUGCUCCACCUUUAGAACAGUAUAUUGUCAAAUGCCUCUAAUGUAUAUAUGUCACGUGUGUAUUUACAAAUCCUAGUCAAAUCCCAUCUACCUACAGUAUGUAAUUUAAUGUAUCAUAUAAGGCAAUUAAAGGAACACUAAAAAGUCAAUCUUGAUGAUCUCAGACAGUAUGGGAAAGCAUUGGGAGGCUAUUGCGCAUGCGCGGCAAAAUGCCAUGUUCCACUAAUCUGCAUCUCCUCAUAGAGAUGCAUUGAAUCAGUGCACCUCUGUGGGGAGAGUUCAUUGUCUCCAUGCAGAGCACACUGUGCAGCACUGACACAGGAAGCACCUCUAGUGGCUGUCUGAGUGACUGCCACUAGAGGAUUAAUUAGCACGCAGUGUUUACAUUAAAAAGCCUGCAGGGACAGCCUAUGGACACCAGAACAAUUACAAAUUCUGCAGCGCUGUACAAUGCGUGGUCUAACAAACAAGUACAUGUGACCAGACGAGUUGGACGCUAAGGGCCCUGUUUAAUGAGCUUACAUGCUUGAAGGUUACAAUAAGCUGUAGUGGUUCCGGUGACUGCAAUGUCCCUUUAAAAUAAACUGAUUUUGUCUUGCCGGUUGUUUCCCAGUUUAUGCAACAGUUUAUGCAACACUCACAUAAUAUCCAUAGGGUAGGGCUUCAUGAUGCCACACUGACAGUUUUGUAGACAGUUUGUAAUUUGUUUUAAUUAUUUACUUUUUAAUUAAAAAGGAAGUACUGUCGAUGCAAGUUUUGACUUGAAUGUUGUAUAUUCAAUUACUCACUCCGUAUCUUUUAAAUUUGUUUUUUUAGUUGAAUUCAGCUACGUAACUCGUUAUUUGCAUGUACCACCUGGGGAAGCGAGCAAUGUUCCACAUAUAUGUUAUGCCGCCAGCGAUGUUACAUUUAUUUAUUUCUUUGUCUAAUAGUUUUACAUAUGUUAUCUAUCAGUUCAGCAAGUUCUUGCAAGAUCCUGCUGUAAACAUACAGACAUAAAUUAAAGGCAGGCUGUUGCUCACUGAAGUGGACACAUUAAUCUCCAUAAACACUACGGAUUAUAUGUAUAUAAUUUUAUAGAGAGAGGAUACAUAACAAUGAAGAAAGUAUCAUAGUACUAGAAUAGCAUAUUUGAGUCCUAUAGACAUUACAGUUUUGCUCUACAAAGGUCUCUAGAAUCCAGAGAUGGCAUUGAUUCCAAUAAUACUCGUUCCGCCAUUUAUGUAUAUUUUAUAUCAUAUAAUUUGGGGAUAUGUUUUGAGUUUGGAAACAUGUGGACGUCUUUCCACUAAUAAAUCUACCUCACUCACCACGUAACUGCUUCAGAGUUUCUCCGUAAACACCGCUUCUGUGGGUAAGAUCUGCAGCAGCACGAUGGACACAUGGGGCAAUGUGAGAAAAUAUUGGGGAAUAUAUAUGUGGGCUUGAAAAAAUUUAUAGGGAGAUACAUACAUCCCAUUUGUCCCUUUUUAGGUGGGACAGUCCCUAUUUUGGACCCAAACCCCUCUGUCUCUCUUCUAUAUCUUAAUGUCCCUCUUUUCUAGGAGCUCCAUAUUGUUGGUGUGUCUGAGUGUAUAACAAAGCUUCACAGCAAUAAUACUCCCAGUAAUGUGUCUUUAAAUUACAAUAAAUGUGUUUAGGAAUCAAUAUAUGUAAAAGAGAUACAUUGUUCUUGUUCUAAAUUACAUUUUCGUUCCAUAAAUUAUUAGUAAGUUACCUAAAAUUUCUCAGAAGAGUCCUGACCCUGGCCACACCCCACUCACACCCCUCAAAUUAAAGUGUCCCUAUUCUACAUAUGGGUUGAAUGUAUAGAGGCAAUGUGACUACAUAGGGUGAUGUGUAUGAGGCAAUGUGAUGACAUGAAGGAUAAAAUAUAUUGCAUAUGGGACAUAAUGAGAUGUUGAACACUAUAUCUGAAGCAGUGUGACACGCAUGAGGCAAAAUACAUUAUGGGACAAUUUGGAAGCAAUAAGGUGGUAGAUUAUGAGUACUGGAAAAUAUAAAAUUUUUAUAUAUUUCCAAAAAAUAAUCUUUGCGGUCUUUGAACUUUAACUUCAUUAUUCUGAAGCUGAAAUUUGAGCUUUUUCUAUGUUCGUGAACAAGACAACAGAGAGAUUAUUUUUUCUUUUGUCACAUGAUUUAUUUAUUUUUAGGGGUUUUUUUUGUUUUGUUUUUUUUACUUAUCCCUGCUGCACAUCUAACCUCAGUGAUUUCUGAUGCGGUGCUGAUUUAAUCUGAGGGAAAGAGGAACCGUCAGCAAUAAAGUGGCGACAAUUCCUUGAAAUGUUUAAAACAGUGCUGUGAAUAACCGCCCUUAUCAAUAAAUUAUAAAACAAAGACACAAACCAAAUACCUCAACAUUCUCUUGCAUAUCUGAAUAUCUAGAUAUCUUUAUCUAUAUAUUUUUUACAAACUAGAAACCCAUUCACCUUAUGACUUGUACGUACACAUUACAGAAUAUGUCAUAUCAAUAAUACCGAUGUCUAUAAAAAUCUAAAUUAUCCUAUUGUGAUUUUCAGUGUAAAAUAGAAAGAUGGGAGAUUUUUUACGACUCUACUACUGCGCUCUAAACGUUACAGAUCAGUAGUCAACUCUGUCAGAACAUUCCACUGUUUAAAGUACAGACAUCCUAGUUUGUAAGCUGCUUCAUAAAAAGGUAUAAAACCAUUCUUCUCAUUUAUAUGAGGAAAACUACCAUUAAACUGUGUUUUUUCUAAUAAAUAUUUAAUUGUAGCUGAAAGCUGAGUGUUCGCUCUCUGAGCGACGCCAUUUUAAGUUACCCUUAGUCGCAAACAGCGCUUUCUAGAACAAAGAUCUUCAUGCCUUGCUACACAUUCACAUUUCAAGAUUGGGCAAACUAAGAUGAAUUUUUAUUGGGCAAGCACAGUGUCUGAUAGAGUAUCACCUAAAAUGGCAACUUUGCUAGAAGAAGCAUGAUGGCUUCUCCACAGGACUUAGAAGUUAAUUUGUAAACGCAUGCUUUAUAAAAAAAACAAAAAAAAAAACAGAAAAAUCCAACUUUAUUUGUAUCACAAAGCUGCCAUUUUGGUGACAAUUUUAUUUUAAAAAGAAGUUGUCACUUUUACAGAAAUUACACUGUUAAUAAAACUUCUGUGUAGCUUUUCAUGAAGCGUACAAUGUAUCACAUUUAUUUAAUGGCCGCAAGCGACAAUACAUUAAUAUAUUUUCUCUCUAAUGGCUUUUGCAUAUCUUGUCCAUCAAUUCAACAUGUUAAUGCAAGAUCCUGCUGUAAAUAUACAGAUAUAGAUAAGUGUGUUUUCAGCUGUAGAGUGAAACUGCAACGGUAUUUUAAAACAUAGACAGGGCAGUCUGUGCUUGAACUAUUAAUAUUCUACUUUAGAAUCCUGACCAUAUUUAAUAUCCAUGUGCCACCAUUUUAAGUGUUAAUGCGUCAGAAACAGUGCUAUAUGACAAAUAGAUGUACUUUGCCUGGCUUGAAACAUUUAUCAUUGUAAUACUGGAGAUAAGUAAAUAUAUUUUGAGAGGGCAAGCACUGCUUCUUAUAGAGGAUCGAUUAAAGGGACAUUGCAGGCACUAUAAUUAUAUAAUCUCCUUUAAUUGGUUAUAGCGACUGGAGGGUCCUGGUACUGUCCCUCCAUUAAGUCUCUGGUCACUAGAGAGAUGGCUCAGGCAGAGAUUACUCACUUCCUUCUAGCCAUACCAAGUCCUUCCACAAUGGGCAUUGUGAUAGGCUGAAAGCUGUCAAGUGAGACUCUAAGCCAAUCACAAUUGCCAAUUACUGCUCAGGCUAAUGCUUGCUCAUUAGCUCAAGUAGCACAGAGGGGGUAGGCUGCUGGGGACUCUCGUUUAGCAUACAAACCUUUAAGAACAGUUUAAAGGAACACUAUAGGGUGAGGAACACAAAUGUGUAUUCCUGACCCUAUAGUGUUAAAACCACCAUCUAGCCCCCUGCCUCCCUAAAUAUAGUAAACUCGUACUUGUAUUCAAGUCUGCAGCUGCUGGCUCUGCCCCUGUCUGCCUCUAACCUACCUGCUGUCUCCUGACAUCAUCCUACGUGGUGGUCUGAGCCAAUCACAAUGAUUCCCCAUAGGAUUGGCUGAGACUGACAAGGAGGCAGAUCAGGAGCAGAGCCAGCAUGAUUCAAACACAGCCCUGGCCAAUCAGCAUCUCCUCAUAGAGAUGAAUUGAAUCAAUGAAUCUCUAUGAGGAAAGUUCAGUGUCUGCAUGCAGAGGGAGCAGACACUGAAUGUUUGGAUGCAUUUUAUGCAGCCAUGACCCAGGAAGGAUCUCUAACAGCCACUGAGGAGUGGCCAGUGGAGUUAUCACUAAGCUGUAAAGUAAACACUGCAUUUUCUCUGAAAAGACAGUGUUUACAGCAAAAAGCCUGAAGGUAAUGAUUCUACUCACCAGAACAAAUACAAUAAGCUGUAGUUGUUCUGGUGACUAUAGUGUCCCUUUAAUACUAAAUAGAAUGACCGCUUCAUGGGACUCUAGACACUAUAGCCAUAUCAACGAGGUAAAGCAGUUACAGUUCCUAUAGUGUCCCUUUAAAAUUGCAGAGCUGAAAGAGUGAAUAUUAUGGGGCCUCCACUGGAAUCUACAUUAAUAAUGUAUGUACAUGUUUUAAAACACUCAAACAUCCAACAAUGUUUGUAUUAUAUAUAUACUGUAUAUUUUGUAUUUUUAUUUUAUUUUAGUAACAGUUUUCCUUUAAUGUCACAUGCAAAUUCAAUGUGUUUUUUUCAACCUUUUAAAAGGAUGCUGGUAAGUAUACUGUUUUAUUUAUAGUUUACAUUAUUUAUUUUGUUACCUCUCUAUAAGAUACCAGUAUAACAGGUUUCAGUGAUCAUUGAUUAAUGCCCUUUUGUGAUAAGACAAAUGUCUUUUGUGUCUAGCCAGCUUUAAAUCCACAGGGACAGUUUCUACCAGCCCAAUUUCUUUAACUGUUUACUUUGUGCAAAUCAUAAGGCUGAUACAAACACUACCCAUUAAAGCUUAAUGUACGAGGCCAGGAAGGAUUAAAACAAAAAUAGACAGAUCACGAAGGUCAUGGCUAUUGAUAAAGGAAAUGAGUAAACAUACAAAAAAAACAAGCAGCAUAUAAACAAAAGCAAAUUCAAUAAGAGGAGGAACGAUGGUUUGAUGAGAAAACAUGAUAACCAUUCCAGUAACAAUAUUAUGUUUCUGGUAUUAAUUAUUAUUAAAACCAAUUAUGAACGAAACAAAUUAAUUGUAUCUGAACAUUAAUAGCAUAUAUUUUAUCAAUCAAUAUUUAGUGAUAUUCUGUUAGUUGCUCCAACACUUCAUGUGAUCCCUUUUGAAAAACACCAAAAAUCUGCAAUUGAAGUUGAGCACUGUAAUAUACAGUGUUCACGAAAAACAUACUUUUCCAAGACGCUUAUCUUCUGGUUUUCAAUGUAGAUCAAUUGAAAUGAACAAUAACAAAAUAGGCAGACAUAAAUCAUAGUGUAGUAAUUAAUAAAGCAGUAAAAGUCUGCACCAAUCUCAAAUAGAAUACUCACAAUAGCUCUCAAUUCGUUAACCUCUGGACCUGUGCUGGCGGCUAUUAGCCUAAAAAGAUGUGGCCUGUUUAUUUAUAUAUUUUCAAAGCUGUGGCUGCCAGAACAGGCUCAGAGGCUAUAGUGAGAGCUGGCUUACUAGCUCUGACUAAUGUGAGUGUUCUGUUUUGGAAUCUAACUAAUAUGAGUGUUACAUUUUGGAUUGGUGCAAAUUUUCCUCACUGAUUUAUUAAUUACUACACUGUGAUUUUGUUAUUUUUAAGAUCUAGUUUGAAAAAUAAUAGUCUUUUGGAAAAGUGUGUUUAUUACAAACUCUGUGUUAUAACGCUCCACUUCAUUGCACGUUUAAUUAAAAUUGUGGUUUAAAUCUUUUUUUCUUUUUAAAGAGACAUUAUAGUCAGCAGAACAACUACAGCGUAUUGUAAUUGUUUUGGUGAGUAUAGUCAGUACUUGCAGGCUUUUUGCUGUAAACAUUGUCAUUCCAGAGAAAAGGCAGUGUUUACAUUACAGCCUAGAGACACCUCCAGUGGACACUCCCAAAUGGCUACUACAGGUGCUUCCUCAGACAGUGCUUUAAUUAGCCAGGGCAGGGUUUGGCCCUGCCCCCAUCCCGCCUCCUUGACUAUAUCAGCCAAUCCAAUGCUUCCCUUGUGGGCUGCAUGACAUGAGGAUUGCUGUUUCAGUCUUAUGAAGUUGUUAUGGUGCUAGGAGGCCCAUGGAGGAACUCUUACCUCAAAGGGUUUAACCAUUCUGGAACGUUUUAACCCUGACGUUUCCUCCAGCGGUAAUGUCCUGUCCUCCCCAGCGGCAUCUAGUUUAAGAAUUUUCAGAUUCAGAAAGCGCGGAGUGCCACCAGGCAGGGGCGCCACUGAUUGGAUGAGACCAACCAGCUGAUGCUCUCAUCCAAUCAGUGACUCCCCAUUUACAAUAUAAUCAAAUAUGGAAGCAGGAAUUAAUCUAAACUAAAAUGGCUAAAUGAGAAAAUGUAAGAACAUUUGAAUUAUGGUGAACGGAAAAUUCAGAGUAAAAAUAAAUAAAAUUCUGACUUUGUAGCUGAAUUGGAGAAUUUUACCAAAUCAGCUACUUUGCCAUUCAGUUUUCAAAUAAUGUGAUUCCUUCAGGGUUACUUACUAAAGUGAGAUUUUUUUGGGGGGGUGGGGGGGAGGUUGAAGUGAAUUUGAAAUGUAACCCCUUAAGGACAAAACUUCUGGAAUAAAAGGGAAUCAUGACAUGUCACACAUGUCAUGUGUCCUUAAGUUAAGGGGUUAAAGGGCACCUGUCAUGCCCCAAACAAUGUAUGCUCAUUUGAUUGAGCAUAAGAUUAUAUCUCUACAUUGUGCUUGCAGUUUUGCUAGCAAAUGUAUAGAUUAGGAUAAAAACCUAUUUAAAAAUGUUUUUCUCCCAGCUGUCAGUCAGUGCUCGGUGUGCCAUGGCAUUGACUGACAAGGGAGAGCAGAAAUGACCUCCCACACGAUGCUCUUCUCCCAUAACAACCAUAGUGCAUGCGCUGUGGUUGCUAUGGAAACUCCCUAGACUGCGCUUUUAGCACUGGCUAGGGAGUAUAGGAACGGAGUGACGUGACAUGACGAAGCUAGCGUGCCAACAUCAGCGUGCCAACAUCUUUGACAAAAUUUGUCCUGCCGCUUGGGGAUGCAUCCCAAGCAGGACAAAUCAGAUAAGACUUUAGGAGAAGCCUAGGCAGAACAGAGAAUGGUCAGCCCACGAAGUGGCCCUGGAACAGAGGAAAAGUGAGUAAAUCUUUCAACUUUACAUUGAAUACACACAUAUUUAUCAUAUAUGGUAUAUUCAAUGUAUAUGGGAGCGAUUUCAGGUAACAUUUUUUUUUUUUUUUUUACGAUAAUGCCAAAGUACUGUAAAAUUUCUGUAAAAAUUCUGAAAGUCAACUUGAUUUGUAUUAAUCUGAAAUUGAAAUUUAAUUUGAAUUCACUGUGAAUUCCCAACAAUUAGUGAAUAACUUUGCUUGUUUAAUAAAUAAACCCUUUUGAAUUAUUUAACUGUAAGGUAAUUCUCAAUUUAGACCUAAGGUGGAAAAAUUGUUGCACUGUAGUGUUUUCUCCCCCCUCCCCCCCUAACCCCCUCCAAUUUACCUAUUUGGCCUAAAUUUAGCAUGUACCAUGGCAGCAGGGAUGACUUUAAUGAUAGUUAAACUUUUAUAUUUGUGUAAAAAGUCCCAAGAAAACAUAGACAACAUGAGCAUAGACAAAAUGAGCAAACAUAAAAGAGGAAGUCAUUUUUGGGGGGUUUCCUAUUUUUUUCAUUUUCCUCUUAUAACGGUACAGCCUUUCUAGGCAGCAGAGCGUGUCGGUUUGUGGUUAAUACUCCCAGCAUGCUUCGUGGCUAGAUUGUUAGGUGGUGAUAUGUUCUCGCUGAGAAUGCACUCUACAACAGCGUCUUCUGUCCAAGUGCACACACCUAGAAACAAGAAAAAAAUGAAUAUAAUGAUAAGUUGAAUUUCAAAAUUUAGACCAAAUUAAUAGAGCUGAAAGCACAGUUUACUACAGUUUGAUUAUUUAGGCCUAAAAUUUAAGUCAUUUUUAAUUCACUUUAAAUUCCAUACAGUUCACACUUCAGACCUCACAAACACAAGACUCACAGCUUCCUAACUCACCUACAGGGGCAGAUGGGCACUCGGUCACAUACUGAGGGUCUGACAGCAGGAGGGGACUAAACACACAGUGAAACCCCUAUACAUAUACACUACACCCCCUAUACACACUCACUAUGCACCCGAUACACUUUACCUUCUAUACACACUCACUAUGCACCCUAUAUACUUUACCUUCUAUACACACUCACUAUGCACCCGAUACACUUGACCUUCUAUGCACACUCACUAUGUACCAUAUACACUUUACAUUCUAUACACUUUACCAAGCUUAAGCAUGCGUGGGAUAGGCAUAAGGCUAUCCUAACCAUAAGAUAAGGUAUUUAGAAAAUUAGGCAGACUAGAUGGGCCGAAUGGUUCUUAUCUGCCGUAACAUUCUAUGUUUCUAUAUUUCUAUGUUUCUAUGUUUCUAUACACACUCACUAUGUACCAAAUACUCUUUACCUUCUAUACACACUCACUAUGCACCCUAUACACUUUACCUUCUAUACACACUCACUAUGUACCCUAUACACUUUACCUUCUAUACACACUAACUGUGUACCAUAUACACUUUACCUUCUAUACACACUCACUAUGCACCCUAUAUACUUUACCUUCUAUACACACUCACUAUGCACCCUAUAUACUUUACCUUCUAUACACACUUACUAUGCACCCUAUAUACUUUACCUUCUAUACACACUCACUAUGCACCCUAUAUACUUUACCUUUUAUACACACUCACUAUGUACCAUAUACACUUUACCUUCUAUACACACUGACUUUGCACCAUAUAUACUUUACCUUCUAUACACACUCACUAUGUACCAUAUACACUUUACCUUCUAUACACACUCACUAUGCACCCUAUAUACUUUACCUUUUAUACACACUCACUAUGUACCAUAUACACUUUACCUUCUAUACACACUGACUUUGCACCAUAUAUACUUUACCUUCUAUAUGCACCCUAAACACUUUAACUUCUAUACACACACAGUACGUACCCUAUACACUUUACCUUCUAUACACACACAAUACGUCCAUACACACACUAUGUUCCAUUACACAUGGAGCACACUUAUAGAUAUAUACUACACCGCUCUACACAUACAUACACUACACCUUCUAUACACACACCAUACUCCCUGUACACAAGCAUACACACAGAUUAAACCCUCUGUACAUACACUCUACACAUAUAUGCACACUAUACCCUAUGCUUAUACACACAACAUGCAACCACUGUACACACACUAUGUCCCAUGCACAUACACUAUACCCCCUAUACACACAUGCACACUGUCCCCUCUAUACACAAAUACUCCAGCUCCUAUGCACACACGCAUACUACAGACCCUUUGCAUAUCCAAUACACAACAAAUCCUAAUACACAAACACAAAGCAACACAUUUUUGUCUCAUUAUAGGUGUCAAUGGGGCCUUAAGUUAGAAUUUUGCAAAGGGCAUGCAAAGUCUAUAGCCACCAUUGUUUGUUAUAUGUAGGGGAUAUGUAAACAUAAUAUUAAAUAUCCUAUUAAAUUCUCCUUUUAAUGUACCAAUAAAACACGUUCCUGUUUCAAAUCACUCAUUCGUCUGCACAAAUAAUUGGUACUAUUCAAAGUCACUUCAAAUACUAUACUGGAAUACUAUACUUCCUGACCGCUCCUCUAGUCAAAAUACCUUAAAGUAAAAAUGUCCUUUUUGUAGUUGAAACAUGUUAAAACAGCAUAUUUUGAUUUAAUUUUAAAUAAAAGUAAGGUUGUUGUUAAAAUUCCAUGACCUCUGGAGCUCCUACUGGGGUCCUGCUGAAUCUGUUACUGAUAGAAUCUUCUAAUGUAUCCACAGCUACGGACAUCAUGUGCAACAUUUCAAAGUUCUGAGAGAGAAAAAUGGAAUCUACUAUCUGUGGGAGACCAAGUUCAACUCUAUAAAUGAACUCGUGGAUCACUAUCGAACAAGCUCCAUAGCUAAAUCUCACCAAGUCUUUCUGCGAGAUGAAGAAGAGAAGGUAAAUAUUCAGUGGGAAUUAUUAAAUGGGGUCUUAUUUUGCUUGAAAUAACAAAGUCCUUUUCUAAACUGAUGGCAUUGUGUGAUAUGAUAUCUGAAAGGCUUACAGUAAAAUGGAUGUUGAAAUGCUAUGUGUGAAGUAGAUAGCGACAGAUAAGAUUAGGCAAAAGUAACAAUGUUUUUUUUUUUUUUUUUUUUUUUCAGGAAGAUUAAAGGACCACUCUAGGCACCCAGACCACUUCAGCUUAAUGAAGUGGUCUGGGUGCCUGGUCCAGCUAGGGUUAACCCAUUUUUUCAUAAACAUAGCAGUUUCAGAGAAACUGCUAUAUUUAUGAAUGGGUUAAGCCUUCCCCUCAUUCCUCUAGUGGCUGUCUCAUUGACAGCCACUAGAGGCGCUUGCGUGCUUCUCACUGUGAUUUUCACAGUGAGAGCACGCCAGCGUCCAUAGGAAAGCAUUGAGAAUGCUUUCCUAUGUGACCGGCUGAAUGCGCGCGCAGCUCUUGCCGCGCGUGCGCAUUCAGCCGACGGAGCGGAUCGGAGGAGGAGAGGAGGCAGUGAGCUCUCCGCCCAGCGCUGGAAAAAGGUAAGUUUAACCCCUUUUCCAGAGCCGGGCGGGAGGGGGAACCUGAGGGUGGGGGCACCCUCAGGGCACUAUAGUGCCAGGAAAACGAGUAUGUUUUCCUGGCACUAUAGUGGUCCUUUAAUAAUCAAAUGCCUUUGCCUAAAUUUAAAUAAAUACAGACAACUCAGAACGUGUACAUUUUAAUUGUAGUGCUACUGAAAAGAUUAUAAACUAACAAUUAAUAGAUUUAGUUGUAGGACAUGGCCUUAUGAUGCUUACGUAAGAUCUGCCAAUUUCCCAGCGAUUGCAUAUUUCGCAAAGACCCCUGAAACAGAUGUAUCGGGUGUGGGUACAGGGGCUUGGAAAUCAAGAGGAGGUGAAUUCUAUGUAACAGCUGUCCCUUACGGCUGCCGCCAUCUUCAUGAUGAAUGUCCUCUUUGGCUCCUGGAGCUAUGUUAGUGCGCAUGCAAGACCGCAGGAUCCUCCACAGACAAAGCCUCAAUCCCACAGCCGUUAUUUGUGAUGGGUGCUGGGAUUGGAUAAACGUUGACAGAGGAGCUCUUCCUUUUGUCAACCUCAGGCUGUACCAUAAGGCAAGGUAAGCCGUACCUUGUCUUAUGUUAUCUCCGACUUGCAGUCUUAACUAGUAAGUCAUAAAGAUGAUAUGUAUAUGAAAUCUAAAAUGUGACAGAUCUGUUUUAAUCUGUUAUAUGUGUGUAUGUGUGUGUGUGUGUGUGUGUUUGAGCAGGGCCUCUCCAACCUAUCGUUCCUGUAAGUUUUCUUGUAAUUGUCCUAUUUAUAGUUAAAUCCCCCCUCUCAUAAUAUUGUAAAACGCUAUGGAAUCUGUUGGCGCUAUAUUAAUGGCAAUAAUAAUAAUAUAUUGUUUGUAUGUUGUAUUUUUGUACCAAUGCAAUGUUUUGUGGACCCAGGACAUACUUGAAAACGAGAGAAAUCUCAAUGUAUCCAUCCUGGUAAAAUAUUUUAUAAAUAAAUAAAUCUAGUUUAGGCUUGUCAUACCUACCUAUCCUCUUUCAAUGCUGACUGACCGCUGCAAAGGCUUGUAACAUUGAUUGACAGGGAGCCAAGAUGGAGGUAAUGAUUGUAGAUUGUAGAUUUUUAUAUUUAAUUCAACUUUUUUUAGACCUAACAAAUAAAUGCUUGCUUAAUAGUAAUAUAGUGGAUAAUAAAAAAAAUCUUUACAUGACAAUUUCCCUUUAAAAUAUUUAUAGCUUAUAUAAUGUGGAUUUUUAGCGAUUCAUCUCCAGCCUAAGCUUUCUUGUACUGCAUAAAGUGGUCCCAGAAUUAAAUGGAUACAGAGGCUUAAAGAAACCAUUGAGAGUCAUUUACAUAUCCCUUCCCAGAAUUCUCUGCAUGUGACAUAAGCGCUGCAUUAUGAGGAAAGCAACGGAAAAACGGGUCUAAUGACUUGUCCAGGAUGUCCAGAAAUGCACAGCAACGCUUUCAGGGCUUGUUACGUAUAUUUUCUAACCUUCUGCCCUAACUUCCCCUCCUACGCAGAAAACAAACAGUGCUAAAGUCGGCCAAUCAGCUUCUCCCCCAUCCCAAGGCAAAACCAGACAGACUAUUUGUUUUCUACAACUUUAAAACUAUAGUAUUGUUAAGGUUAUUUAGAAUUCUGGGUUUAGAGCGGAAGAAGCUAAAUAAAGCAAGCAUUGUACAGUGUUAAAUCCUGCAUGUCGCAAAACAACUUUUGGAAGCAGAGAACAUUGCAACUCUUAACCGAUGUGUUAGCUCUGGGGGUUUUGCAUUUUUGUGAUAUGACAGACAAAAAUGGUAACCCUCCAAAAACCAGAGGUGUAUACAUACCUUAGGUAUUGUUUUUUGAUGUCUGGAAUUUUUGUAUUCCAGGUACACAAUAUGCAAAUGUUAUCAAGUUACAAGAAGUGGAUAAAAAUUACAUGUACUAAUUUUUCACGUAGAUUUUAGAUCUAUAACAAAAAAGGAGAGUAGCAGAGAGGUGGAAAGGAAGAAAAGAUACACGAGAUAAGAAAAAAGUGGGGGCUGUAUCCACCAUGGGGUUAUAAAACAACACCGUCACUUCUAAUAUAAAGUAAAUGCCAAAGAUAUCCGUCCAUCGUAACCUUCUGAAAGGAUAAUAUUGUGUUUCUGAUUGUUGCUGUUAGCAUAUCUUUCAUUUAAAGCAAAGCUACCUCCAAUGAAAAACCAGUGUCCUGCAGUCAAGUUGAGACCAAGGUUGUCCUAGCUGCCCAUGGUAUAUAAUAUACUCAAUAGUUUUUGAUGGUGGGAGUUCAGACCACCAGGAGUUUUUUUGUUUUUAAUACUGUACUCUCACAUACACUCGAGCAUACAAAUUGUUCCUCUACUUAAGUUCCUUACUAGACAGUUGUCAUGAUUGUAUGUAGAAUUAUAAUAAUCUUAUAUUGUGCUAGAAAAUGGUCGAGAUCUCGGUUAUCAAUCAUUGACAACGGUAAACUAUGAGAAAGGUUAGACGGCCAGGAAGACUUUCUGGACUGGAGAUGGCUUGCCAUUUGUCCCAUGGGGGAACGUGCCACUGAAUGUUAGAGAACAUUACUGAGAAAUUGUCAGCUAAAGAAAGUAAAUUGCUAUGCUAAAGUAAAAUAAUCUGGGCUGAAUUAUAUAUAUCCAGUUUACCAUUACAUAUAAUCCAGUCAACAAUUGCAGAGAUAACUCAGGAUGGUAGGUCACGUGUUCCAAUUCAGGACUGUCCUGCUAGAUCCGGGACUUCUGUCAGGUAUGGUCUUGUACAGCUUUAAUUAAAACUAAAAUAAAACAACAACAAUACAAUGGGCAGUUUUUAAUAAUAACAAACUAUCAUCUUAUUAUAAAAACACACACGUUGGAUGGCUGUGUGUAUCAAGUUGCACGAUUUGUCGUUUUUCCUAGAUAGGCAAGUGAUAACCCGAGUGCUUGUAAUCAUUCUAACGUAAAAUUGUUUAACUCUUUGAGUACCAGAGGAGAGCACUUUGCACAGCAAUCUGUUGGCCACACUGCUGGUUCUCAAGGGGUUAAAUACCUUGACCGUAAUAAUCUAUGUUUGUUAACAGGCCAUAUAAAAUGCCUUUCAAGUUCAACCGUGGCAGCCCAUCCCUGAAUUUUACAAGGAAAAUCCAGAAUGUAAUUGGCGCUUUGUAAGGAGAAGCCAAUGCUUGUUAUUACAUUGUUGUUGUCAAUAUGUUUUCUCUUAUUACUAGGCUGUGCAUGAUUUUAUAAGUGACAGUCCCUGAGUGCAUCAAGCUGUGAGUUAGGCUGAGUGCGUGAUACAAUUUACCCUUAUUUACACGCUCUAGGCAAUCAGACCUGCCCUAAUAACACACAUCACGUGACCAAACACGGUGUGAACUCUCAGCACCAGGAAACAUAGAGAAAAACAACGCAUUUUAGACAGAUCUAACAAAACCCAGGUGGUUUUAUGUAUUUCAACAAAACAUCCCAGUAGACUUUCUAAGAAAGUUUAAUGGAAUGUACAACGUGAAGGCCUUUUGACACUGGAAUCAAGAAUGGACUCCAGAACCUUAAAGAGACAUGCUUUCACUUGCAUUUAACAUUGAAAAAGUUUCAGAAUAAAUAUUUAGUAUGCUUCUUUUCUGUGUGAUAGUAUAUGUGUAAAGGUAUAUUUUUGUAAGUAUUUGAGGACAGACACAUUAGAUAAUAGAUAAUUCUGUUAGAAAUGCUCACAAUUUUUUUGCACUUUACAUUUUUCUUUUUGAUUUCAAAAUUAAUUUUAUUGUAUGAUAUAUUCACAUAACAAAAUAAAUUCUAUUUGUCAACAGACAUGUAGGAAUCGGGACAGGAGGGGACCAUAGUGGGUAUGGGGACCAUAGUGGGGGUGCCAGCGAUGGAAUUCAAGUCAUAGAAUCUGUUUAAGAGUGUGAAAGGCUCAGUGUGCAUGUACACCAGAAUGAUUGGCAGUGUCCUGUAAAAUACUGGCUUUAUGGGAGCAGGGGCCAAAAAUCAGGACUUCCCAGCCUGAUUUGGGAUUGCUUGCAAGUAUGAAUGCAUUCAAACAGCACAAAUUGUAAGAGAGAUGCAAACUGUCAAUGUGAAGUAGAUUAAUGUUAGGAUGCCACUUGAAUGGACCGGACAUAAACAUUUGAAUUUAAAGCAAAUGCAGAGUUAAGGUAGUUAAUGAUGAGGGGACUUAGGCUAGUGUAAAAAAAAAAAAGGUGAACGGAUACAGUAUAUUUCCAAAAAAAGGAUAAAUUUCAUUGCGACUUUUGGAAUAUUAAAAACCUGAUAUCACUAUUGUUUAUAAGACACAACCAAAAACUGCACUGCCAUGAUGUGUUCAUAUACUUGAUAGUUAUCUCAGUACUUUGCAAUGAUGGACUGGCAUAAAUGAGGUCUAGAUGGUCAUAAAAGGACAAUCCCGACCUUUUAUGAGAGUGGAUAGUUGUAAUAUAGAGAGAUCCUGGAACUAAUGUAACAAAGUGAGAGUUAAUAUGUAAAUAUUUAACAUUUUGUUUUUUUCUGUUUAGUUUUUUUGGGCAUGGAGGCUGCCAUUUUGAAAUUGCAUCAAAAUUCUUUUUUUUUAUUCUUUAUUUUUGCAUUGACAGACAUUUAGUGUGACAUCAAUGUCGGCUUACCCAGAAGCCCAUUCUUCAAUUUCGCUUUGAUCAUGUUACAGAAAGGAAAGUUGGGUUGUUAGUGUACAUAAUAUAUGUUGUUGAGAUAUUCCAUGUGGGUUGCGUAGAGGCCGCCAUCGCUUAGUUUUCGUUUCGCCUGUCAAGGUUUUUCUUUCCUUUUAUGCAUAGAACAUGUACAGGAAAAUAUGUACAAACAAAGAACAAAAUAAAAUAGAAGGAAAAUAUAGUUAAAACUUAGAACUGCACGAGUAAGUAGUCGUCUGUGAGUGGGUGCUCAUUUGUCUUAUGGUUUUUCAUCAUAUUGUUCCCAAAGGGCCCAUACCUUUUGGAAUGUGGUGGUGGUGUUGCGGACGUUUGCUGUCAUCUUGUCCAUUAAAUAAUUAUCUCUGAUUUUGGAAAUUACUAGAGAUAUUGGGGGUGUCUCAGGUUUUAUCCAGUAUUGUACCAAUGCUCUUCGAGCUGGUAGAUUAAGCAUAUUCAGUAGUUUUUGGUCGUGUUUGUCUAGUCCAUCUGUCGGUCGUGAUAGAAGGCAUGCCCAAUGGUACAGUGUUAUUCGUCUGUGUAAAAUUUUAGUGUUCAUGUCUACUAUUUUUCCCCCAAACUCUUUUACUUUGGUGCAUUGCCACCACAUGUGGAUGUAUGUGCCUUUUUCCCCACAUAGUCGCCAACAGGUGUCUGUGGGGCAUAGUUGCAUGUGGUAUUGUUUAACUGGGGUUGUAUACCACCGGAGCAUUGUUUUGUAUGCUUGUUCCUGAAGGGUCGUGCAUAUAGACACUUUUGUGUUUGCCUCCCAUAUAUCUUGCCACUCUGUCCCCUCUAACGUUUCACCCAAAUCUGCUUCCCAUUUGUCUGUGUAUGUCUGUGUUCCCCACGUUCCUGAUUCUAAGCAUAUGUGGUUGUAUAAUAGUGAGAUUAAUUUCACUGGCAUUUUUUCUUUUAGGCAGAUUUGCUCAAAGAAAGUAAUGGUGCAUCAACAUUCUUAAGCUGUCAGUGACAACUGCUGAGAAAUGUCUACCGAAAGCAUGUGAUCUCAGCAGCCAACCAUAGAUUUGUACAAUUAAGAUGAUUAAGAAUAUUUCAUUAUAGAAAAAAAGGCAAUGGUUAUCUGAAUUCAGUGAAGGCCAAUUACUGUCACAGAAAGUCAGUAAUAACUAGAAAUAUUUUGUUCAUGUUUUAAUUAAAAACAUUUUUAAAAUAAAACAAUAAAAAAUAAUUUAAACAUAUAUAUAAUUUUUUUUUAAAUACAGAUGACUGUAUUUUAUUUGUCCUCUGUCAUCAAAAAUAUGUACUUUGGGAAAACUUAGAUAUGAUUAAAUUUGUUACUUAAGCCUAACUAUAAUGCAAUGUUUAUAAUUGGUUAUAAUUGUCCUUUAGUAAAAUCAAGAGGUACUUUUUUACACAUUCAUCUGAGUCCAUCUAUAUCUGGUCCAUGUGUUCAUUUUAGCUGUCACCAUAGAUAUCAACAGUAUGUCUUUUAAUAUUUAGCACCUUCCCCCAGAAUAGCAUAAACUACUCCCCAAUAACUCUAGAUACAUACAUUAUAAAUAGAUUACAUCAUCGCCCAUUGGUGACGCUAUCUUCUUGAUUAUUCUUCCCCCUUAUAUGGAAAAGAAAUGCUAAAUUUCAGAUCGAUGUGCAACGUGGUUAGUAUUCACAUCACAAAACGAAACAGGUCUAAAAUGCUAAAUUUCAGAUCGAUGUGCAACGUGGUUAGUAUUCACAUCACAAAAUGAAACAGGUCUAAAAUGCUAAAGUGAUUUUCCUAAAUCCGGGAAAUGUGCAAGAUAUGGCACUGUCUGAGGUGCGAGACUGUCUGGGGUGUGAGACUGUCCUGGGUGGGAAUGUUGUCAAAGAACAAUGUAUCUGUCUAAAACUAAUCACAUUUCUCUGCUGAAUCAUCAAAAGCUGACAAUUUAAAACUCCAAGUUGGGAGAGUUAGUAAACCGAUAUUCACUUGGAGGCUAGUGUAAGAUAAAUCUAUUGUGUGAUUACUGUCACAAAGCCAACAAAACAACAUAGCAGGCAUAUGUAAAGUGGAGAUGCCACAUGUCAGAUUUCUGCACAACACGGUAGCCCAAUUAUUAUUUCCUAGUUCACAACCAUUUUUAUUCUUUCUUCGUAUUGUAUGUGUGGCUGUCCUGGCACAGCCAGCGUACACCAUGCAAAUUAAUUUAAGAUCAAGGACAGGCUAGAAAAUCACAGGUGAUCAGAAUGUAACAACAUAGAAUUACUGGGAAAUUGAGAGAAAUUAAAAUCCUAGCAUGGCGUAGAGAGGGAACAAUAUAGGAUAAGGGGACAGUGGGGAAAUACAAAUCACAGCUUUUCAGAGGGUGUGGAAUAGUUGGAAAUGUAUGUUGGCACCCACUCUUCCUUUUGUGUGUAUUUUUGCGCCGCCUUGUGUUUUUUUUUCCUACCGUCCCCCCCUCCCCUUUCAUCCUUGUUUAUCUCUUAAUCCCCUUUCACCUUCUUAACACCAUUAGCUCUUCUUAGCCCUCUUACCCUUUUUUGCCCCACACAGGUAAAGGCAGUGACAGACAUGCAUGCUUACAUACAUAGGCAUUCAAUCAUACAUGCAGUCACAUACAAAUAGGGGCACCCAAUCACAUACGCAGACACACAAUCACCUAUAGUCACAAUAUACGUACAGAUAAUAGGUCCACCCCCUUAAAAUCUAAAGUAUCCCACACUCGAAGACCAUGGUAUGGGGCCUUUUAUAGCAACUGGACAGCAACGGCUGCCCAGUCGUCAGUUUUAAGAUAUGCCCCAACCUGUCGGGGGAAUGUGGACGUACAAUACCUCCAUUUUAGAAAUACGGGGAUCUUAUUGACCGCCAUAAGAUUUGUAUUUAUUUAAUCUUAUUUUUUUUACUUUUUUUAAUGUGGUGGCUGGCUAGCAAGUGCUAGCCACUGCUGAGGGUUUUUCAUGAUUUGCCCACUGGCUGUUAGCUCUGCCAGCAGGUAAAUCAUUCAGACUUUUUUUUUUUUUAUUAAUCCAAGUUCGGAGUUGAAUUUUCCAAUUCUGGAUUUGCUCCAUUUGGGCAUGGAUUUCAGCCAUCCUGCGGUGUUCAAUUUGGUUAAAAUCCAAGGCCUGUUUGGGACAUGAAUUACAAAAUCCAGAUAUUGAUGGAUCCCAUAAAAAAUGUCUGGAUUUCGUAGUCCAAAUGGCCCCGUAUGCAACUGAGUGGUUAUACCUGAUAAAGUUUGGAGCCAUUCAGACUUUUGUGAAUAACCUAUUCUGUAUAAAAACACCUCACUAUUUGGAGCCUUAAAAAUCAGCAUGAGAGCCAUGUAGUUGGGAUUUUUUUUUUAAAUAUAAAAUAUAUACCAGUAUAUUUAAAUGGAUUAUCUAUACAGUGCACAGAAAGGGUUAACAUGCACCGUAGCAUGCCCCUCUGUGUUUGUACUAAGUGUUAAAGAUUGUGGUGUUGUGAUGGUCUUUAAAAAGCAUAUGGGGCUGUUUUUGUCAUGUGUAAGAUGAUGUUUGCCUUCUUUGUUUGCAUUCAUUACUCUGUCUGUGUGAAAGCUGCAUUGUGAGUGAUGAUUUGUUUGUUAUUGCGCUGGAGCUGCUGUGUCAGUCAUCUGACUCAGUCUUUAGCUGUAGGUGGAUUCGACCUGUCUGUGAUGUGCAGGUUUUCCUGUAAACACUCAAUACAAUAGUGCAUAGUUCCCAAGUCACCAGUCUGUAUAUUAUUUGUAGCAAGAUUGUUCGAUUUUCACGGUUAAUUGAGUAAAAAACAUGGAUGUGUACUGACGACAGCUAUAGUGAAAACAACUUUACAUUUACAAAUAAGUAAAGAUUUUUAUUAACAUUUUUAUUUUAAAUAUUUUAAUGUGGUAUUAAUAUGUUUCCAUAUUCUGCCUUGUAUGUAUUUUUUUUCCUCUUCUUUGUUAAAAGGGCACUUUAAGCACCAUAACCACUACAUCUUGUUGUAGUUGUUUGGUUUCUGUGAGUCCUUCGGUGCUAUGACCCACUAUUAUGUCCAUCAAUUUUCUUCAGUGUAACUUUGGCCCUUCCUGGCACCCAUAGCUCUUCCCCUCUGUUGAUGUUCAGAUAAUGUGUAAUUUAACAUUUUCAAAGGCGUCCAACUUUGGGCAGCAGUAAUUGGGAGGCAGUCAAGGAUUGGACCGCAGUGAUAAUUGGUUGGAACUGAUAACAAAUAGAGACAUGCUUUAGAAUUUUCAACUGAUUAAAUCAGUGGUUCUUAAUUCCUCGUUGGAGAACUAAAACUCCAUGCUAUUCUGGUGGGUCAAAAUGAUUAGAACAGACAGACACAUGGUAUUUAUAAGGCUAAAACAAAUUUGGUUAUCGUAGAAGGUCUGCCUUUCCCUGUGCCACUGAUACCCCACUGUCUUUCCACAUCUAUUAAGUACAAAUGACAUAACAUUUGAAGAAUGGGUCGUCCACAGAGUGUCAUGUUUGUAAUUGGUUCAUGUCAGAUAAGUAUAAAAGCCAUUUAAUGGAAAGUUGAUUUUUGGUGUUGUACCUCUCUCAGAGCUCUGCCCACCUUUAGAAGAUAUGAUCAAUGUGUCGGAAAUAUCGAUGUUAAUGGAAAGACUGGCAUGUUGCAUUUUUAGCUAACAAUCUCUACAAGGGCAGGAAUAUAUAUUAUCUGUGUACUUAAAGGGUCACCAAAACCACUACAGCUUAAUGUAGCUUUUCUGGUGUCUCUAGCCUGUCCCUGCAGGCUCAGCGCUAUAUUACAAAACACUGAUUUUUUUAGAGAAAAGACAGUGUUGACAUUGCUGCCUAGUAACACCUCUAGUGGCAGUCAUUCAGCGGCCACUAGAGGUGAUUCCUAGUCCAGUGCUGCGCAGUGUGAUUUAAUGCAUCUCUACGAGGAGAUGCUGAUUGGCGCUGCGCAUGCGCAGUAGCCUCCCAAUGCUUAUGGGAAAGCAUUGGAUUGGCUGAGAUCAUCAACAUUAAUGAUCUCAAAAUGGAGACAGAGCCAGCCAGAAAAGGCAAGUAAAAACACCUUUUUACUCCACAGCCACACCAGUGUCAGGAAUAGAUUUUCUUUUUUUUUUAUAUAUAAUUCUUUAUUUUUCUUAAUAGCAAAACGUUCACAAUAUACACUGUUUAUAUAGCACAGGAUUAACUUAUCAAAGAUGGUAAGUGUACAAAUUCAACAGCACAUUUUUUUAGAUAAAAAAAGGGGAAAGACAAGAAUAGCAUAGUGCAGAUUGGAGUAAUAAGUGUAGUAGAAGGUAAGGAAAUGAUGUGCACUAAAGGUACAUGGGCAGAAAAUAACUGUAGAGGUUAACAGGUAGCUUAAUUACGAGUAAUACCCCUCAGAAGGCCCAGGUAGUAGGAUUAGGUGAGCUGCUGGAAAGGUGAGAUCGAUAGACGACCUGCAGGUGGCUUUUAAAAUAAGGGAUGAAUAAAUACACAGGAAUUACUCAAUGCAUCAAGAUUAUAACCAUAGCUGAAGAAGGUAGAGCAGAACCUUUGCAUUGGGAGCACAUUUUUGUAUGUGAAAAGAAAAACAAGAUAAACAGCAAUAUUGGGCACAACAGAGAAAUUCCCCUAGGUGGCCCACCCAUCAGCAGAACUUCAAGAGAGAAGAUGGCAGGUGUCACAAAACCCCCGCACUCAGGUAAUAGAGAACAGGCGUUAAGCAAAAUAUCAAAAAGGAAACAAGUAGCCUUCUAUCAGCUGUCAUGCAGAGAUGUUAAUGAGCUGAAGUAUGGGCUUGUUUUUAUAGCUCAGCCCCCGAGCCCACUCAGCCUAUGCCCCUCAAGGGCAGUGCGAAGAUCCGAGCCAAGAGCAUAUGCAGCUGGUUGUGGACUCUAGUAGGAGGCCAUUAUAUCAGUUCUGUCACCCAGGUUGGGAGGCACAGUGGUGCUGUUGGCAUCCUACAGGAUACAGCUAUGGUCUGCCUCGGAGUGUGCCUUUGCGCCCCUCUGCUCUUGGAUGAUAUGCGCCUCAUGCUCCGCCGCCAUGGGUAGGCCCUCACCACGUGUAAAACUGUGGACUCCUGAGGUGAGUAGGUGUUGGGCUGUGGUAUAUUACUUGGACUUUCACUAGGAGUAGUGCACAAUGCGGUCUCUGACAUUUUAGGUAGGCUGUGGCAUGGUCUGCUUGCCGUGAAGAGUUUACCAGCCUGAAUUGGGCAGCCUCCCCAGGCAGAAUUGGGAUCACCCCCGCCGGUCCAAGGGGGGGUAACAGGGUGCUUGCACAGGAGUAAUGGCCUCUGGGCAUCCCCGGUCCAGGGGAUCGGCCACUUCACCCAGCCGGCGCGCACAAGGCCACAUUUGCCAUGGUGGAGCCAGUACAUGCUCAUUGAGUCGCAGACCUCCACCUCACAUAGCGGAUAAGUCAGAUAGCAUGGACAUUGCUUGUUCAGUCCCAGACCGAGCGUUAGUAGACUUUAAUAUGCUUUUUAUAGUAGACUUCUGUAGGAGCUUAUCUGAACAUCAAUCUAACCUCCAUGACAGUUGGGUUCUGUCCCCAGGAAUACAUCUUUGUAUUCCUGACACUAUAAUGUUCCUUUAAUAUAGCUGCUUUUAUAAUAUCUCUAUUUGGCAUUGGCUACACUUUAGAUCUCCUACACUACAGUAUCAACUUUAAAUUGCUGAUCACUACUGUCAGGGCUAUAUAAUAACAAAAAAGUUGGAACCAAAAACUGCUACCCUUUUGUCUUCAAUAAAGUGACCUUUAACCAUUACAGGGCCGUUACUGUGAGUAAGCGCGCUGUGCCUGGUGUUGUAGGUACCGGAGCAAGUGGGAGAGAAAGAGGGGUGACACAAACAGAGUCUUGGUUUCACUUCUAUUUUCUUGCCCAUUUUCCACCCACUAGGGGCUGCGUUAGUGGAACAUAAUAUUUUAUAACUGCAGGUGGGAUUAGUCAAGCAUCAUAACAACAUAUUAACCCUCUGUGGGAUGAUGCAUAGUGUCUAUAUGACAUUGCAUAAAAUAAUAAGAAAUUGUAUCCUUAAUCUGGGCUUUAAGUUUUGACAGCAGCACGUAUGAUCGAGGGGUAUUAAUGAUGGGAACUGGACAAAGUUUAGGAAGUAAACCAGUCUGUAUUUUAUAAGUGAGAGUCUAAGAAUAAAUGCUGUCUUUAUAUACUACAUAAAAAUGACAAAAAAGUUACCUCUGUGCUGUCAUAAAUCCCUAUGCACAUUUAAAUAACUGGAGGUUUUUCGUAUCACUCCAAUUGCCAUUUAAGUGUAAGCUCACCUGCCACGUCAAGGCAAAACCUCUUAGGUGAGUCCUACAAUAACAAUUCACUUUGCUGCUUUCACCCAAAAGUCAAAAAUCUCCUAUGACAUUAACUCUUAAUAACCCUUAACAGGACACACAUGGGGUGGGGGAAGCACUGUAACAUGGCUGUGUAAUUCAAAAAUAAACAUACACAUUCAAGCUGAAACUCCUACUACUCCUAGACGGCAGCAAUGGCUGCAGUAUUUAUCCCAAUACAUAGAAUAAAAAACAAAACCUUACAUGCGCACUAUCCCAAAUCCCUAUGCAUAUUUAACCCCUUAAGGACCAAACUUCUGGAAUAAAAGGGAAUCAUGACAUGUCACACAUGUCAUGUGUCCUUAAGGGGUUAAAUAAAGAGCAAACCUCUUAGAUGAGUGGAAACGCAGAGCGGAACACCGGAGACCAGCGCUGCAAGGGAGAAAGGUUGAAGACAACUCACCUUUUUUACCCCUGGCAGCAGAGGCAGGUCACCCAAACUGUGACUAGGGCACUAUAGCUGUAUAGUGUUCCUUUAAGUUCCAUCAAAUAAUUCAUGGAUACAAACUAAAUGCUGGUAGAAUAAGUUAUUUAACCUUCCAUGAUAUGAUCUUUCCAACUGAACGGGUCAGAGAUAUUUUACUAACAUUUAGGAUCAGCAUAACAUAGUAUACAAGACCCUAACUUUGUGUGUGCGGAAGGAAUUACAAAAAAUAGCAAGAUGGGAUGUCACGGGGCACGUGGUGUGAAGUUCUUUUAAGUAGUAUGGACUUUGAUUGGUUUAUGCUUUGAAGGUGAACAAAUCUGUAUAAAAAUAUAUUUUCCAUUUCAUGAGUAAGCCAUUAGCGAGAAAUGGGAAGUGGCAUGAUAGAUACGAUAAUUGGGGCUAGUCGGCUACUAUGCUAGAAGAUCGGCUGCUCUAUUUUGGACUAUUUGUAGGUGAUCAGUAUUUUUUUCUAGAAGACCCAAGUGUCCAGAAAGAAAGACGCCAAUGCACGUAUUAAGGUGGCAUUCUGGUGGAGCUGUAUUGAUCUUUGUGCUCUUUGUGACCUGUGUAAAGGUUUUAAUCCUCCGAUAAAAAUGUUUAUUAUCAUCCCAGAAAUCUGGUGUUUUAAUGGGAAAUUAUUGGUAGACCACACUUUCUUACAUUACACAUUAUUAAUACUUCAGACAGUUGAGGGGGUGUUAAGUAAAUUCCCAGCUGCAUGUCUUUCUCAAAUCUUCCUCUUACAUCACUUUAGUGACACCAUAAAUAUACUACGUCUUGGAUGUCACUGUAAAAGAAAUACCUAGAUCAAGGUCUUUUGAGCAAGUGUACGCGGUGGGUAAAGGUCAGAGAGAGCCUUAACAUUAGUGCCCUUUUUAUAAGUUGUCCUUCAACAGUGUAGACUCCUCAAACACACACAGGGGACUUUUACAGUCAUACAGGUGGAUUUGUGUGAAAAGCACGGACACUGAUUUGUCUGAGCAAUACAAGCCUUAGGGUAUGUGACCUGUGUGAGUGCAAAUGGUACCCACUACCCAAUGAGAGAGGAGUACCACAUCACUCUGCUAGAUCACGGGUGGUGCAGUAAUGAGAGGUCCAGUCUUUACAGCCCUUACUACUAGCCAAACAAUGCAUGGAACCAAUGUCCAAACCUGGCCUUGUGCUCUCUGAGUAAGUCUCUGUGGAAGCACAGUCACAGUUAGUCUUUCUAUGUCCUCACUGACUCACACAGUAAAGGGACUCUCAGGGACUCUCAGGCUCCAUCCACUUAAAGUGACACUGGAGGCACCCAGACCACUUCAGCUCAUUGAAAUGGUCUGGGUGCAAUAUCCCUUUUGCACUUAGUGCUGCAAUGUAAAACAGAAAAACUGCAAUGUUUAUGUUGCAGCUCUAAGUCUGCCUCCAGUCAGCCACUGGAGGCGCUUCCUGCAUCGUAACGGACCUUUGGUCCUGUAUCUCAAGCUGGACAUCCUCACACUCUGCAUGAGGACACCCAGCAUUAGUUUUUCCCCCAUAGAAAAGCAUUAAUUCAAUGCUUUCCCACAGGGAGGCCUAGCGCAAUGCACGGCACUUGCUGCGAAUGCGCAUUAGCGCCCGUUUGGCACCGGAUGUCGGAGGGGCGGACCGUCGACCCAGCACCGAGGGACAACGGCCCUGGGAUAAGGUAAGUAAACUAACAGUUUUUAACCCUUUAUUUACCAGGGAUCAAGGGAGGGGGGAGGCAGCAGGAGCGAUAGUAUUCCUGGCACUAUAGUAUCCCUUUAACAGACAGGGAUGAGCCAAUAACUACCAGGGGAAAAAGGAACAAGGAUGAAGGCUGAGAUAAUGUGUAUUUAAAUUUAUAUAAUGUUUUAGCUGAUGGGAUAUACAGCACACGAGACACGGUAUCAUCCUGUCCACCAUUGUGUUGAAAUUGGUUCACUAUGUUCUAGGUCAGGAAGUUCCAGAAAAUGUCAAACAAAUGGCAACUUAAUCACCAAGUUCUAUUGUGAUGUUUAAAGCCUGGAGCCUCUAGAAGCUUAGCCCACACCACCUGACGUGCCUGCACCGCGUCCCUCUGCUUUCUGAUGGUUUUACUUUUUGAAGUGAGUGACAGCUUAGACUUGUUAAGUACUGUGCGUAAUGUUUGUACGUCGAGCAGACUUUGUCUGUGAAUUAUAUGCUGAAUAAAGAGAUCUAGCCAGACUUCCUGCAAUUGUUAAUUCAAACCACGGUCUAGAGUUGAGACUUACAGAAAUUGCACAGGAUGACGAACGUGCUUCCAAAUCUCAUUUCUUUCAUUUCUUUACCCACGUAACAGAUAUAGUUACCUAUUUACUAACAGUUUUACCUCCAGUCCCAGUGCUGUUGGCAUCCGACCUGAAUACACAGCAGCUCAUAUAUUUUAGUAAUUCAGCAAAUUUGCCUUUUCUUUUUAUGUUAAUAGUUUAUUUGGGCUUCUUUCGAGGUAUUUUUUUUCAGGUGAAUUACGGCUUUCUAAUAAUCACUUUUAUUUAAUUGCCUGCUUCAAUGGAUAUAAGAAGGGUUCAAUGGCCUCAUUUAACAUUGCAGGAUGAAGUAUUGAUUUAUUAUAUUUGUUUAUUUAUUUUGUACAUUUUUAAUGGCUAGGCAGCUUUCCCUUCUUAACAAUUAUUAGUGGUGUGGUUUAUGGUUGGGACAUAUACUUUAGCACAUCCUGUCCCCAUAGAUAUUAAGUCGUUUGAGAAUAAACAUCAUUAGCUGAGACCGUCCGUUUUAAGUAACAUGUAUCAGCACAGGAUGCGUGAUAAUGACCACUAACACCAUCACAUGAUUAGUUUCUCAUUUUGUAUUUUUAAACUAAUUACCAAGGCCACAAUUAGUUUGAAAAUAAUGAAAAAUAGCUUAAGUGCUGCUGUUUUGAGUAUAAAUGUAUCUUCUUUUAUUUUUCUCCUAAUACAGUGCCUUGUAAAAGUAUUCACCCCCCUUGGCAUUUUUCGUGUUUUGUUGCCUCACAACAGGAUUUGUAUCAUUUAAUUUACAGAACAUGCCCACAACUUUAAAGAUGUUUUUUUUUUUAUUGUGAAGCAAACAACAAACAGGACAAAAUAACAGAAAAGGUCAAUGUGCAUAACAUUUCACCCCGCUAAAGUCAAUACUUUGUAGAGCCACCUUUUGCGGCAAUCACAGCUCCAAGUCAGUACGGAUAUGUCUCUAUGAGCUUGCCACAUCUUACCACUGGGAUUUUUGCCCAUUCCCCCUUGCAAAACUGCUCCAGCUCCUUCAAGUUGGAUGGUUUGCGCUUGUGAACCGCAAUCUUUAAGUCUGACCACAGAUUUUCUAUUGGAUUGAGGUCUGGGCUUUGACUAGGCCAUUCCAACACAUUUACAUGUUUCCCCUUAAACCACUCAAGUGUUGCUUUAGCAGUGUGGUUGGGGUCCUUGUCCUGCUGGAAAGUGAACCUCCGUCCUAGCCUCAAAUCACUCACAGAGUGGUACAGGUUUUACUCAAGAAUAUCCCUGUAUUUAGCACCAUCCAUCUUUCCCUCAACUCUGACCAGUUUCCCAGUCCCAGCUGCUGAAAAACAUCCCCACAGCAUGAUGAUGCCACCACCAUGUUUCACUGUGGGGAUGGUGUUCUUUGGGUGAUGUGAUGUGUUGGGUUUGCGCCAGACAUAGCGUUUUCUUCGAUGGCCGAGAAGUUCAAUUUUAGUCUCAUCAGACCAGAACACCUUCCUCCAUACAUUUUGGGAGUCUCCCACAUGCCUUUUCGCAAACUCAAAACGUGCCAUUUUGUUUUUUGCUGAAAGUAAUUACUUUCUUCUGGCCACUCUGCCAUAAAGCCCAACUCUAUGGAGCGUAUGGCUUAUUGUUGUCCUAUGUACAGAUACUCCAGUCUCUGCUGUGGAACUCUGCAGCUCCUCCAGGGUUACCUUAGGUCUCUGUGCUGCCUCUCUUAUUAAUGCCCUCCUUGCCCGGUCCGUGAGUUUUGGUGGGCGGUCGUCACUUGGCAGGUUCGCUGUUGUGCCAUGUUCUUUUCAUUUGGUUAUGAUAGAUUUGAUGGUGCUCCUGGGGAUCUUUAAAGAUUUGGAUUUUUUUUAUAACCUAACCCUGACUUGUACUUCUCAACAACAUUGUCCCUUACUUGUUUGGAGAGUUCCUUGGUCUUCAUGGCAGUGUUUGGUUAGUGGUGCCUCUUGCUUAGGUGUUGCAGCCUCUGGGGCCUUUCAAAAAAGGUGUGUAUACAUAAUGACAGAUCAUGUGACACUUAGAUUGCACGCAGGUGGACAGCAUUUCACUAAUUAUGUGACUUCUUAAGGUAAUUGGUUGCACCAAAGCUUUUUAUAGGCUUCAUAACAAAGGGGGCGAAUACAUACGCGCAUGCCAAUUUUCUGUUUUCUAUUUCUAAAAAAUAGUUUUAUGUAUAUAUUUUUCUCAUUUCACUUCACCAACUUAGACUUUUUUGUUCUGAUCCAUCACAUAAAAUUCAGAUUACAGCCUUAAAUUCAAGGUUUUAUUAAUGUAUCAAAAUAGGUAAAAAGUCAAAGGGGUGAAUACUUUUGCAAGGCACUGUACCUAAUGUAGAGAUUUUGCUAUAGGUAUACAAAAUAGUUAUACACAUUCACCCCAUCUUUGGAAGCCUUAACAAUUUUUAAGUUCUUUUCACAAAUAAUUUAAUUAGUUUAUAUAGUAAUAGAAAAAUGCUGAUCCUUCCCAGCCUGCAGGUGUGUGUGUGCUCAAGAUUUCAUUAUGAAUUUGGAAUGAAAACUGAGGUUGAUGGAUGUGGAAUAUAUUCUGCAGGGUUUGUUGACACACCGACAUGAAACCAGCCUGGAGAUGUAAGACAAAUAAAGUAGAACAUGGAACUUAGUGAAGAGCACUGUACGUUUAAAUUCGUUAAGGUCUGAAUUGUAGCAAAUUAAAGGGACUCUCUGGUGGUGUCUAGACUUUCCCUUUAAUUUGAUCCAGAAAUUAAAUUGCAAAGCUGUGAAAAGAUAGCUAUGAUGUAACGAUAUCAUAAACGGAGAAAUCUCAUCAGAAAAGCUAGUUUUGUACAGGUGCCAACAUUCAGGAGAGAGAAGGGUUGAUAGGGAAACCCAUCAAAGAGUGUGUAGAACAGAAAUGUAUACGUUUAUCCAAGUAGCAUAAUGCAAACCCUGUCUGAAGGAGCAAUAACACUUGGUGUGUGGAAGAAUUAGAGCGGUAAAAUGUGUCACAUUUAGAGGCUUGUAACACCAUCGACAAAAUGUUACGUAUUUAAAAACUUUGUUUAAAGUAACAUGGGUAAAUAUUAUAUUAUAAUUUUUUAGACCUCUCAUGGGCAUAACAAACCAAGAAAAUGUACAAUAAUUUUUUCAUUUUAAAAAUUAUGCUAUCUAUGCAUGCUGAUGUACAUCUUACUGCCCGGAACACAAACCAGCCCCUGAUUCCGGUGCUCCUUUUUUUACGCAAAUCCCUUGGUUGUAAAGGGGUUAAUCUUUGCCAACGUCCGAACAAAAACCUAACUAGUCUGCCUGGCUUAUACCCAGUAGACAACUCUUUCCUCCACUUUCAUGAGGAUGGGAGUGAUUGCCAGUGGUGGAUAUUUUGGUGGGUGGCGAACAACUGAACAUGUCUCAUUCGAGAUUUUUGCCAGAAGCUCAAGGAAGCAAGGUGAAUGGUUAGAGUUAGGACCCACCUGGGGUGGUCUGCCUUGACAUUGGCAGGUGGGUUUAUCCUCUCAUGGCCAUUGGAGGUAACUAAAAAACCUCCAUUUGUUUAAAAAUACAUAGGGAUUAAGGAGAGAGCGCAGGUAACUUGUUUUUCUUUGGUUUUUAUUAUAUAUUGGGGCUGAUGUGUACUGUAGUCAUUGCUGCCGCCCAGUGAUGGGAGUGAGCGCAGGACUUAUCUUUCUGCAUUUGUAUCAUUUCUUUCUUGCUCGUAUCACGAGGAUGUAUCACACGGAUUAUUUAGUUAUGCAAUAAACAGCAAUUUGGCUUGUUCCUUCUGCUGAGGCAGGUAAAUCCUACAGGAGUGGUGUUGACAUUCAAGGUGCAAGAUGUGCUCAGCCUUGAGGUGCCUUGUAGAAUCCACAAUAAUUUAUUUACUUAUUUAUUACUUAGGGUGGGUAAAAAUAGAUUGCCUGACAAACCUGACGGCAGCCUUUUACAAUGUGUUUCAGUCCUGUAAUGCAGAUUGCGAUAGUUACUGGGUCUGGAAAAAAGAACACAGUGAUUUGAAGUGGUCUUGGUGCGUGGAAUCUUUAUGUUUCGCUAUUAAAUGCUGAACAUACAGAGUUUAACCCCUCUACUGCCAGAGGUGUAAUGCCACCUCUGUCUGCAUUAUUAGGAUGUCAUUAAUUAACUAAGGGCUCUCAGGUUCAGGGUACAGAAGUGUUGACACAAGUACAGGUUGGGGGCAGGAAGGGUCCCUUGCCUUGCUACCGCUGUGCAGCCCUCAGAGGUAGACAUUGCAAAUACCCACAAACUCUCCCAAGCUAGGGAGUUGGCUGACUGUUCAUCCCACUAAUAGUAUGGCCUACCUAAUAGGCGCUGAGCCCCUGCUACAAUGAUAACAAUCCCAUAACAUCUCAGAGUUGUUCCUUUUUUUUAUCACAACAAAACAUAAUACCGGUAUGUCUCAGAACCUUGGUACAACUACUUUAUUUUAUUUUCCUUUGUUUUACAAAUUUUGCUUUGUUUUGCUUUGAAUAAUCUUAAUUGGAGUGUCCUCCCAAACUCAAAAUUAGUUCCAGUGGUGUUCUAGCACAUAAGUAUGGUGACCAAUUUUAUGUAAGGUGUACCGCUCAUGGUUAUCCCUAUGGUUUAUCAAUCAGUAGAUAAGGUCGCCGACUUACAUUAAUCGUAGCUCAGCUGUUUGUUAUUCUCUACAGUAAUUUACUGUCUAUUCUACAGUGUUACUCUCAGUGCAUGCCUCCUGCCAGGGCCAGAUUAAGAGCACAGUGGGCCUGGUGCUGACAAUUAUGAUGGGCCUAAUUACAGAAUCUUAUCGACCAAAAACACUAAAACAACCAUACCUCUCAAGCGUAAUUUAUCUGAUGGAGAUGGUGUUGGAGGGAAACUCAAAGGAUGCAGCUAUACGAAAACACAUACUCUAUACCAUGCUUCCCCAAACGCCAACCCUCCAGAUGUUGCUGAACUACAACUCCCAUGAUUCUCAGCCUAUAUAUUUAAUUCAUAGAAUCAUGGGAGUUGUAGUUCAGCAACAUCUGCAGGGCUGGAGUUUGGGGAAGCCUGCUCUAUACUAAUCUCUCUCUAAUUUAUGCUUUCAUCUUUCAAGUAAAUCCAUAACCCCUAACAGCAGUGUCCAGUGAAGCAGGAAGUCAAAGGGCAGGGUAAAAGGGUGAGCCACUGAUGCGAAUCAUGUGACCAGACCUGCCAAACGGGGUGAACAUGCCCAAAAAGGGGGCAUGUCUGUCACAGAAUUGGAAGGCCAGCCUGGCAUGAAUGCAUGUCAGGCUGCCUGCCAAUCAUGCAUGCUGUCCAACGAAGGGCAUACUAUGCAGGCAGCACGCUGAACUUGACAUAAAUGCAUCAAAUGAUGCACCUACUCCACGCUUUUAUUGUCAGCCAGUCCACACAAGUUUUGUUGCCACACAUCUCUCUUAAGCUUCCAAACUUAAAGGGACACUAUAGUCACCAGAACAACUACAGCUUAUUGAAUUUGUUCUGGUAAGUAGAAUCAUUCCCUUCAGGCUUUUUGCAGUAAACACUGUCUUUUCAGAAAAAAUAACUCCAUUGGCAACUCCUUAGAUGGCUCCAUCCUCUGCAUACAUUCAAUGUAUCUUUAUGAGGAGAUGCUGAUUGGCCAGGGCUAUGUUUGACUUGUGCUUGCUCUGGUCCUGAUCUGCCUAGUUUACAGUCUCAGCCAAUCCUACCGGGAAGCAGUGUAAUUUGCUCAGACCACCACUUCUGAUGAUGUCAGCAGACAGAGUCAGUUCAGAGGCACAGCCAGCAGCUGCAGACUACAGAAUACAAGUAAGAUUUUACUAUAUUUAGGAGGCGAGAGGAGGCCAGGGGGGCUCGAUGUUGGUUUUUGCAUAAUAGGAUCAGAAAUACAUGAUUGUGUUCCUUUAAGCAAGAGAAUGUGAAGAGUAGUUAGGGUUGCCACCUUUCUUGUAAAAAAUACCAGUAUAAAUCAUUUGUAUAAUUAAUUAGUUAUGUGUGACAUAACAUGAUGUAAAUCACAAGGUGUGACAUAAGAGAAAAUUCUGUAAAAUCACCAACAAACUACUCACAGUUUGAUUCUGCUGUAUAGGUUAAUUGCUCCCAGUUAGUGAUGUCCCGAUCGGAUCGCCGAACGGUUCGCCGCGGACUCAUCAUUGAGUAAACUUUGACCCUGUACCUCACAGUCAGCAGACACAUUCCAGCCAAUCAGCAGCAGACCCUCCCUCCCAGAUCCUCCCACCUCCUGGACAGCUCACUAAGAACGCAGCUUCACAAUGAAUGUAAAAUGGAUGCUGUCCAAGAGGUGGGAGGGUCUGGAAGGGAGGGGCUGCUGAUUGGCUGGAAUGUGUCUGCUGACUGUGAGGAACAGGGUCAAAGUUUACUCAAUGAUGAGUCCGUGGCGAACCGUUCGUGGCGAACCGUUCGGGACAUCACUACUCCCAGUGUCUCCCUGUCUCCCAGUCUCGCAAGUCACCCAGUGUCAGUGUCCCCAUUUCUUCCAGUGUCCCCAUGUCUCAGUAUGUCCCCAUGUCACUAGGAUACUAGGGGACACAGUGAGACAUGAGGACACUGAGAGACCUGGGGACAUUGAGAAACAUGGGGCCACUGAGACACUUGGGAACACUGGGAGACAUGGGGGCACUUGUGAAUACAGACAUGGGGAUACUAGGGAAACAUGAAGACACUGGGAGACAUGGGGGCACUGAGACAUUUGGGCACACUGGGAGAAAUGGGGACACUGAGACACUAGGGACACAGAGACAUGGGGACACAGACACUGGGAGACAUGGGGACACUGAAACAUUUGGGGAAACUAAGACACUAGGGACACUGAGAGACAUUGGAACACAGGCAGUGGGAGACUAGGGGACACUGGGAGAAUAGGGGACAUUGAGAAACUGGCUGGGAGACAGACACUUGGAGAUACUGGGAGACAUGGGGACACAGAAAUUUGGGGACACUGGAAGACAUGGGGACACUGAGAGACAUAGGGACACAGACACUGGGAGACUCGGGUACACUGGGAGACAUGGGGACACUGAGGACACUGGCUGGGAGACAUGGGAAUUCUGAGUCACUAGGGACACUGAGAGACAUGGGGAUACAGACACUGGGAGACUAGGGGAAACUGGGAGCCAUGGGGACACUGAGCCACUAUGGACACUGGCUGGGGGACAUGGGGACACUGUGUCCCUAGUGUCUCCAUGUCCCAAUGUCUCCUAAUGUCCCUAUGUCUCACAGAGUCCCCAUGUGUCUCAGCGUCCCCAUGUCUCACAGUGUCCUCUAGUGUCUCAGUGUCCCCAUGUAUCUCAGUGUCCCCAGGUCUCCCAGUGUCCCCUAGUGUCUGUGUCCCCAUGUCUCCCUGCUGCCUUUCACCCCAUCCUUCACUUACCUGAGCUGUAGAGCUGCUGUCUGGACUUUCUGUGCUGUGUAGCUGCUACCCCAUGGAUCAGUGAGUAGUAGAGAGAGGCAGGAAUAUGCUGUACCUUCCAAUCCCUGCCUCUCUUCACACAAAGUGACCCCUACUGGCUGGUGCAGGUAUUGCAGAGUAAUCUCUGUUCAUACUGAGAAAAAUACCUGCAUUUGUAUUGCCGGUAUUACUGCAAGGCAGCCUCAAAUACCGGCUGUGCCAGUAAAAUACCAGUCAGGUGGCAAACCUAAGAGUAGUGUGUAAAAAAAAAAAGUAAAAAAAAAAUGAUUAUUCUUUUUUUUAAAUGGGCCUAUUCCCUGGGCCUGGGCCUGGGCCUGGAGCUGCAGCUCCAUCAGCCCCUAUGUUAAUCCGGCCCUGCCUCCUGCCUACUUAAUAUUCUAACGUUCUACUUAACCUGCACUGUGUUAAUCUUGUUCUUUUUCUUUCUUUAUUUUUUAAAGUGCUGAUUUCUCUCUUAUCGCUCAACUUGAUACAACAUGUCUAGUGUCUGAUAUGUCAUCCUUGUUAUUCACAUGCGCAGCAAAAAUAAAGAAUUUACAUUUUAUUUUAUUUUUAAAAAACAUUGAUAUCUUGAAUUCCAAAAUACUCUUGUUUCUAAUGUCACAGAUCUGGAAAAUUGUGUUCAGCGGUAAAUUAUGUAAAUAAAAAGCCUAUGUGGUACGUCGCCUGUAAAAUGUUUAAUGUAUGGUGUAUCGUAUGUAUUCUCUCUGCCCAGUGGCAGAACAUGAAAUGAUAGAAGAGAUCUGGGCUACUUUAUAUAGUCCUCUUUGUAUCAAUAAUGGCUCAUUUUAUUCAGCUAUAUGUGCAAUUGUUCACCUUCAUCCACCACGAAUGAAACUAAAAAUGUUAUUCCAUUUUGUUCCGUUUCUUUAUUUCACAGAGGAAAAGCCAUUUUGUCCGGGCAGAAUUUGAUUUUAACUCUAGAAAGGUGAAUGAGCUGUCCUUCAGACAAGGCGAUAUCAUCGAAGUCUUGGAAUCCUCUGACCCCAACUGGUGGAAAGGAAGAAUCUCUGGAAGGAUUGGCUUGUUCCCAAAGAACUAUGUAAACAAAAUCUACAUGUGACCGGUGUCAUCUUUUCAUUUUUUUUCUUCAGUUGGAAAAAAAAGUUUCCUUGGUGGUUUUUAGGCUCCUCUAACUUCCAAAGUGUGACCAUCUGGGAAAGACUAAUAGAUAUCUCCAGCUUCAAAAGGGUGACCAUCUGUGAAAGACUAAUAGAUAUUGUUUUGCCAUUGUUCUAAAGGCAGUAUCCCAUUUGCCCUACAUAUCAAUAUAUAUCUACGGUUUCCAGGUAAGUUCUACUUAGAUGCAUCUGUAACCCUAUGUCCAGUGAUGACCUGGAUAUUGGGAGCUGCACUAUCUCAGGAAAACUAUUUUGGAGGAUUGUCCCUAUUAGUUCUUUUUACUGAGAUCCAUCAUUUUCAUUCACAACCUUCCUUCCUACAAACAGACGUAAGCUGUGGUUAUUAUUUUUAUUGGUGAACCAUGAAGCACAAAAACUAUAAAUCGAAUCCUUCUGUACAAACUUGUUAUGUUCAUAUUUUGUAUGAUAGAUUCUGGAUUAGCUUAUUCAUUUUAUUUGUUGAUUUUUGUUUUUGCUUAACCCAGUUGUGUCAAUCUUUUUAAGUGGGUGUGUGGGUUUUUAUUUUGUUUGUUUGUUUUUUUUAAAUAAGGAAAGGUGUUGGAACCUUUUUAAUACUUUUAUUUAACCUAAGGUAUAUUAAUAAAUGUUGUAUUGAACUAAAAUGAAGUAGAAAGUAGAAAUAUUAAUGGAAUAUCUUGCCUAUGUAUCUAUCACUUUCGGACAUCCUAGUAACGGGACGACCCAUGCGGAAGUCUCAAAAGCAUUGGGGGAAGUCUCACGUGAAACCGAGAAUAUGUUGAUGGGCACGAUAUUUCUUGAACGGGAAAAGGAUUGCCAGAUCCACAUAUAUAAUUUUAUUUUGCCAAUCUCAAAGGGUCUAGAUGUUGCCCAAAUGGUAAUACUUCUAAAUCAUAUACAUUCUUCUUUGUUCAAUGCAAAGCUUUUUAUUUGCUGUCCAUAAAUAUAAAUAUGAAUAUGGUCAAUGUGUCCAGAAAAACAUAACGGAACUGUCACCCUUAGAUAUGGUAGAUUUAUGGUAAGAAAGUAAAGAAUUAAAGGCACAUGGCGAACUCUAUAAUCACUACAGCACACUCUGUUGGUUAUGGUGCCAGGAGUGGUGCCCCCUCCCCCAUUGUAAGUACUCUAACCUUUUUAGAAUGGUGCUGGCCCCCUCAACAACAGCCUCUGUAAGAGCCAAUAGUUCUAUGGAGGUGCAGGGCGUAGCUUCGGGGUCUCCUGGCUGCUGAGGAGGUAAGGAGCGACUCCCUUUGGACCCCAGUAAGAAAUCAAACCAUACUAAAAUAGUUUGACAACUUACGCAGCUUUUGGGUGCGAGGGCACCGCAGUGGUUAUGGUGCUUUGUGUGUUUCUUUAAGUGAACAUCUCUGCUUAGGUGUCAGGUAAAGAACAAAUACGACAUCCUUUUUAAAAAGAGGCAUUCUGCAGUGAGUCCUCCGUUGCUUCUUAGCCUUCACUUCAUCUUAUGCUCUGUCAGGUAGUGCAAACAAAGGAUUAUGGGGAUUAUAGUCCUAUAGCUGCAGGAUGUCUAAGGUUGUACAGACUGCUUCAUUUCUUGUAGAGUGAGUAACCCACCAAAGCAUUAUAGAUAACAAGUAAAGUAAUGUUUGGGGUGUGGUAGUUUGUAGGUAUAAGCAUUCCCCCGAAGGCUUUGUGGCUGCUGAAGUUGCAGCUUGUGUUUGUCUCUAAACUAUCCGCACCCCUUUGCGUGAGGUCACUGACUCGAACAGAUCUGUCUGCUGCUGGCACUGAUCACAAUCAGCAACAGGAUACACCGAACGGUAAUAUUAUAACGAACGCCACACUAUCACACCAUGAACAGUUCUGGACCUAGAGUACGUUAUUGGUGAUAGGGAUUAUGUGCUGACCAGCAGUGUGUAGCAAUGAUAUGCUGCAAGAUUCCUAACUGAUUAAUUACUUCAUUUCUUUCAUGCAGUAUGUGAAUUCCACAUACAACCAUGCAUUACAAUUCAUGUGCUAGCCAUCAGUGGGUGCAAAUUGUAUGUGCACAGGGAAACAUGGUGAAUCUGGUAACCCUAUUUAUACCUGAAUACUGUGUGUGCACUCUUUGUCUCUGUCUAUCUGUUUGUCAUCAAAGGGAGAAAUUUCACUCAUCUAUUUACAUGUAUACACAUGUUACAUAUUUUGUGAAGUGGACCACUUCUCCACCAACCCUAUGUAUACAGGAGUAGAGGAUAUUUACUAUCCUCCCCAUUUCUGAGAGCGGCAUUUAUCCUAAUAAAUGAUCAUGAUCCCAGCAUGCUCCUCACCCUGCAACCUAACCAUUUUCUCCUUUAUAUUGUCCCAAUGCAUCAUGAUGUGACUUCACCCUUUCCCACACUGCAAGAGUCCACAAGCCACAAUCUUACAGUGCUGUGAGGAAGUACAAGCCUAGACUGAGAUGAGAAAAAGGAUUUGGGUACAUUUUUAUAAAGUCCAAGCAAAGAGUGCUUCACCAAUUCUGCGCAAGCUGGUGCCCUGUGUUUGUGAUAUAAUGUUCCAGUUCUGAAUGCCACUUUGUAUUGUAAUUAUUAAGUAAUGUGUGUUUUUUUUUGUGCGUGCAGUUUUCAAUUAGUUUGCAUAACUUUUACAUCAAUUUGCUCUGAUUUUUUAUUAUUUUAUAUAGAUUUAUCAUUUCCAUUUCUUC